AUUCCAGGCUGGCUCCCUCCAGUCCUUGCAUCAGGCAGAGUCGAAGGACCAGACCGAGCUGCGGAAAACAAGGAUGACACAGCCUAGGCUGGUGGCGGGGGCGACCCCCGAAAGCCGGUGGGCUCUCCCCUGCCUUCUGCUCCGCUGCAGCCCUCUGGUCUAAAGCCAGCAGCCUCUUGACCUGGGUCAGCAGCUCUCGCCUGUCACCACCGCAGGCCUCUGCCCUCCAAACCCUGUCCUACUAGCCUGUUGUUGUGGCUGAGACGGUGAGGACUCUGCCACAGCCUGGCCAGAGGUUGGAUCUGGCCCCAUUCCCUGCAGAAAGCUUUGCCCUCCGAGGCCACAGGAUCCUACGCAAAGGGUCAGUCUUCUGUCUCCAUUUCUGCAGUGGGGGUCCCUAGAGCUGAACCUUGGAAGACCAGGUCAGACUGUGGGAAGCGUUGAGGAAAUAUCAGGGGAUGGAAGCAAGCUGGGCCGCCUGAAAACAAGACCAGGAAGGGAAAACAGGAGGAGAGUCUGCUGAGAAGUCUUGGAGGCCUUGAAGGAAAAGAUUGGAGCUCUUCAUUCCAAGAGAAGGAGGUCUUCAGUCACCAGACUGAAGGCACACAAGGUGAAUAUUAAGAUCUUCAGUGCCCCUGACUGUAGGCGAAGCUCAGAGGCCUUUGCUCCGCCGGACCGAAAGCACACAGAAAAUUCACAGGCUUCCCCAAUAAUUUGGGAGACGUGUAUUCAUUGAUAGCAGCCUCUAUCGCCAUCCUCAAUGGUGGCCUGAACAUCUCAGCUGGUCUGCUGUUGUUGCCAUUUGGGGCGAUUGAGACAUUGCUCCUCAUCGACACGUAGUCAGACGUGCCGCAAAAAACAAUAGUUUUCCAACAAGACUGGCUCGCCCUGAAGAAAAGGUCACAAGCUCUCAUCCUGCAAGUCUCUUGCUCUGCGUUCCUCAAGUCCCAGGUGACCUGGCUGUGGUAGGAGAUGCAGUCUUCAGAACUGGGGGUCACACUUUGAGCCCUGCAGGUGCUCCCAAACCAAUGAGGGGGAGGGCGCCCGGCUGGUGACCCCUGCCUGCCUCCCAUGCCAGGCCAGCAGGGUUGGGCACCAUGGCGCAACCUGGCACAGGGACCCUGGUCUUGGCGAACGGUUGGGGCUUCCCUCCCAAUAAUGUGGCCCGUGUUGUGGUUUGGGAGUGGCUGAACGAGCAUGGGCGCUGGCGGCCCUACACAGCGGCCGUGUGCCACCACAUCGAGAACGUCCUGAAGGAAGAUGCCCGGGGGAGCGUCGUCUUGGGGCAGGUGGAUGCCCAGCUGUCUCCGUACAUUAUCGACCUGCAGUCGAUGCACCAGUUCCGUCAGGACACAGGUAAGGCGUAAAGUCACGCUGCUUUGUCCCCUUUGAGAAGGAGGGAACGUCAUGAUGACUUGGGGGGGGGGGCCUGAUGCUGUCCUGGGUCUGCACUGGGUAGAAACAAGUGGCAACACUUUUAAUCAUAGAAUUGUUGAGUCGGAAGGGGACCCUCAAGGAUCAUCCAGUCCAACCCCCUUGGAUGGCCAGCCAAGCUGUGUUUGAAAACCUCCAACAGAGGACAGUCCGCAACCUUCUGAGGCAGUCAGUUUCACCGCUGAGCAGCUCCUCCUUUCAGAAAGUUCCCUCUAAUGUUUAGUCGGAAUCUCCUUUCUUAUCAUUUGAAACUGGUGGUUCGGGUCUGGAGCAGCAGAAAGCAAGCUUGCACCAUCCUCCAUGUGACAAGCCCUUGAGAUAUUUGAAGAUAGCUAUCAUAUCUCCUCUCAGUCUCCUCUUCUCCAGCCUGAACAUACCUAAGUCCCUCAAACUAUUCCUUGCAAGGCUUGGUUUCCAGACCCUUGAAUAUCUUGGCUGCCCCCCACCUGCACGUUCCAGCUUGCCAAUAUCCUCCUUAAAUUGUGGUACCCAGAAAUGGACGCAGGAUUCCAGGUAGGAUAUGAGCAAGACAGAAUAGAAUGUACUCUGACUUCCCUUGACCUGAACACUAUACUGCUGUUGAUGCCGCCUAGAGAUGAAAAAGCUUUUUUUUUUUGCUGCUGCAUCACACUGUUGACUCUUGGUUGAGCACUUUCUAUCGCAAGUGGAAUCUAUAAAUAUCUGCCAAUUGCAUAGAAAAGCAUCACAUAUGCUGGACCCCUAUUCCCUGACAUGCUAGAUUUCUACAUGCAUGGAGGUGUAUCCCCCCCCCACACACACACUCCAGUUUGGAAACAUUCAAUCAUUUGGGCUUCCCUCUGCAAUCUGGAAGUGAUACAGUCUGACUCAAGCUUCUGUUUCUUGAUUUUACUGAUUUUAUAAGUUGGCCCAGAGGUUCAAAGGUGGAAGCUGCUCUGGAAACAACUUGGGCUGCUAAUAUCACCAAGAAUGAUGUGUAUGUGUGUAGGAUUUCAGGCUUCUUGAAUUUGCUUUGGGUUGUUUUGUUUUUUACUAGAACACCCCCCAAAUCUAUCUAUCUAUCUAUCUAUCUAUCUAUCUAUCUAUCUAUCUAUUAUCUAUCUAUCUAUCUAUCUAUCUAUCUAUCUAUCUAUUAUCUAUCUAUCAUCUAUCUAUCUAUCUAUCUAUCUAUCUAUCUAUCUAUCUAUCAUUCAGAGUGAAGUGCAAAAGGCAGACACAUGCCCUCCAACAUUUCUCCAAUGAAAAUAGGGAUGUCUUAUUUAAUAAUAAUAAUAAUAAUAAUAAUAAUAAUAUCCCAACUGUCUGACUGGGUUGCCCCAGCCACUCUGGGCAGCUUCCAACAUAUAUAAAAACACAGCACAUUAAAAAAAAACCUUCCCUAUACAGGAUUGCCUUCAGAGGUCUUCUAAAAGACUUCUAGUCACUUAUCUCCUUGGCUUGGGGAUUGCCUAACUCUGUACCUUCCAAUAUUUCUCCAGUGAAAAUAGGGAUGUGCUUAGGAAAAGCAGGACAUUCCAGGAUCAAAUCAGAAACCGGGACGGCCUCUGUCCCUGAAAAAUAGGGACACUUGGAGGGUCUGCCUGAGAUGGUUAGGAUGAAAAUGCAGAGGGAGGUGCCUCUGGUCACAUUCUUGGCCUGAGGGGUUUGUUUUCGGGACUAGCGAUGAGCUGAGCCCGGAGUCCUUUCUUCAUUUCAGCCGCCUCCUUUAGGCAGGGGAAAGUUGUUGUCGUAUUGCUGCCGUUGAACCGUGGGGAGUCAGAAACCCGCUCUCUCAAAGGGCUGCGUUGGCUACCAGCUUGGAUGGCUUUAAAAAAGGACUGGGCAAACUCUAGAAGGGGGCUCUCCACAGCCGCUAGCCACAAUGACUCUGCUGCCACUGUCAGAUGCGGUGAAUGCUGGACAAGUGGGGGAGCGUUGUUCUUAUGCUCAAAUCCUGCUUGCAUCUGGUUGGCCACUGUGAGAACAGGGUGCUGGACAAGAUGGGGCCAUGCUCAGAUCCAGAGGGCCUCUUCUGAUGUCCGUUAUGAUCUGCAAAUAUAUCCUGAUUUACUUUCUCUUCACCCCUCUUUGCCACACAGGAGUUGAUUUGAAGUGGGCUUCAUGUUUUCAAAACACAGCUCUCUAAUCUUUUUCUAAGCACCUCAGACGUUUCUGGGUGGGCAAUGAACUCAGGGGAAAUUGAACUGGAGUGAGGGGCAGUGAUCUGGCUACUGGAUAGGAUAUUAAUUUGGGGGAAUAAAUUAUUUUGAGAUUACUAGGAGGGUCAUGGCUGAGGAAAGCUGAAGAGCAGCGGGAUUUAUUUGGAGCAGGUUCCGUCAGGAAAUUCACUGGGGGUAAAUAAAUUGCAAAGGAGCUGAUCUAAGAUGGCUGGCAAACUAAUUGAAGAUUUUAUCUGGGGCAGUUUGGACGGCUUGCCUUUGGUGACAUUUAACAUUCUACAUUUGCAUAGAUAUGCAUUAGCAUAUGCAAACUUUGUGGCUUGCCCUGUUGGUGUGUAGCUCCAGAGUCUUCUUUUCAGUGCCAGGGCCAGAGAGGGCAUGUUAUUGGGCAGAGUAUUAAAAUGCAAGUAAAUGAAAUAAAUAAAAGGCAGGAGUGCCUCUGGGGAAAUGCAGAGUGCUUUUUGGCUUACUGCUGAAGAUGUGCCCUGAGUCUCCAUGUGUCUGAUAUGAGCUCUAAGGGUGAAGAGCAAGGGUGGGAAAUAUUUUCCAGCCCGAGGGCCGCAUUCCUUGCUGGGCAACCUUCUGGGGGCCACCUGGUGGGUGGAGCCAGAGGCAAAAGUGGGUGGGGCAAUGGAUCUAAAUGCUACUUUUGUACAGUAGGCUAAUUUCUGCACACAUCCCUGCCCACCCUUUAUCUAGCCGACCAAGAGGCCUGGUCAGAGUUCAAGGACACAUUCCAGCCAGGCAGAAACACUUGAGGAGGAUGUGAAGCAGGGCUGGUGAGGGGCGUGGCCUGGGAGAAGGGGCGUGGCCUGGGGAGAGUGCGAAGGGCCUGAUAGAGAGAGCCACCUUUGGUCCCUGGACGUGAGGAUACUCAUUCAUGGUGCAGAGGCAAAAACAAAGAAACCAAUUUCAUCCAGAGUCAAGCUCCAGCAUAUGCAUAUUCAGUAAUGCUUCUGAAUACGAGUUGCUGGAAAUCUCAGAGGAGGGGAGAGGGCUCUUGUGCUUGGAUCCUGCUUGCAGGUUUCCCACAGGAUUCUGGUUGGCCACUGUGAGAAAAGGAAGCUGGACUAGAUGGGCCACUGGCCGCACCCAACAGGGCGCUUUGUAUGUUCUUCUGCACCACUGAGCCAGCGUUCGAAAUUCACCAGGCGCAUUUUGCACCUCGCUAUUGGCCACUUGCGACCAGGUGAAGAUGACUGGGUGCCAGGAAGGCUCCUGACCUCUCCACUCUUUCGAGGUGCAUGCCUGGGGGUCCUUGAAUCUUGACUCUUUCCACACGCUAGCAACACAUCCUGUAGCGAAUUCUAUCAUUAUAGUCUAUCUGCACAGUCAGAAUGAAUUUCAGGAACCAGAAGGUUGUGUUGAAAGAAAUAGGUUUUUCGAGCCAUCCGGGCCCAAAAUGGCAACUAAGCAUUCCGUUUUGGCGACUGCAACCCCAGUUUAAGGAGCCAUUUGGCACCCAGCUUAUAUAUCUGAGUUUCUAACACUGUGCUGAGCCUGUGCUUCUGUUUUUAGAGUGUAGUACUAGGAGGAGAAGGGACGCGGGUGGCGCUGUGGGUUAAACCACAGAGCUUAGGACUUGCCGAUCAGAAGGUCGGCGGUUCAAAUCCCCGUGACGGGGUGAUCUCCCGUUGCUCGGUCCCUGCUCCUGCCAACCUAGCAGUUUGAAAGCACCUCAAAGUGCAAGUAGAUAAAUAGGUACCGCUGCGGCGGGAAGGUAAACGGCGUUUCUGGGCGCUGCUCUGGUUCGCUAUAAGCGGCUUAGUCAUGCUGGCCACAUGACCCAGAAGCUGUACGCCGGCUCCCUCUGCCAAUAAAGCGAGAUGAGUGCCGCAACCCCAGAGUCGGUCACGACUGGACCUAAUGGUCAGGGGUCCCUUUACCCUUUACCUUUACCUUUACUAGGAGGAGAGCAACCCAAAUCUUUCAUUCUCCCUCUCUCUGCCUGACCUACCUCUCAGGCUUGUUGUGAGAAUAAUUGUUGGUGGGAGAAAACCGUAGCUCUUGCCUUUUGCUCCCUGGAGGAAGAGUUGGGCAAAAAUGAUACAAAUAAAAGGCCUCGUGAUCUGGCGUUUGUUCACCACUCCCUUCCCCCUCCUCCCCACACAGAGUUGAGCCAAAUCAACAGAGGCGUUUGUUUUCCUUUUGCAACCCAGGUGCUGUAGAGAUCCAGAGGGACCUGGGUGUGUCAUCUCCUGAGCCUCCAGUGAAGGCCUUUUGAUACCUUAGCCUAGAGACAGCCGGCUUGUUUUUUUGUUUAAAGAGAAUGGGAGGCAGUGCAAUAAGGAAAUCCGCUUGUUGAUAAGGACCUGCCAAGCCAGUCGCCCCCAUUCCUGUGCUUAGGCCACGAGGGAUUAUAUUCUGAAGCCACACAAGACAGUUGCCUUGCUGCCGCUCAGCAGGGUUAGGCUGGAUGGGAGUCCAACUGGGACCCCCUUAUACGAGUUCAGCUUUGAGGCUGUUGGUGGUUGGACAUGGGAGUCAUGGGUUUGUUAUGAGAGAAAAAAACUGCUCCCUUUCCCUUAUGGGGUAUUCCAGAACCUGCAUAGAGUCCUUGAGGGUUCCCUAUCGCUAGGAGGAAACAACAGAGGCCAACCAGAGUACAGUGAAGGGGGAGAAGUAUUUGAUCCCCUGCUAAAUUUGCCUGGUGGCCACCUACAAGAAACGUCUGACCUCUGUAACUGCCAACAAGGGUUUUGCCACCAAGUACUAAGUCACCUUUUGCAAAGGGAUCAAAUACUUAUUUCAUGCAUUAUAACGCACAUCAGUCUCCGACUUUUGUCUUCUGGGUUUCUGGAGGUUUUCCUGUUGUUAUUCUGUCUCUCACAGCUACAAUAAGCCUACCAUUAAAAUUAUGGGCUGGUCAUUUCUUCGUCAGAGGGCAAACGGGCAAAUUUAGCAGGGGAUCAAAUACUCCCCUCCCCAGUGAAUAUUGAGAAGCAAAGCGGCUAGUAAGCCUGAUCUUUAUGGAACUGUUGCAGCUGGGUCCCCACUCCCCACAUGCAGGAGGGAGGAGAACCCUGAGCAAUGGCACACAAGCCCUUAUAUAGACUUUUGAAAUUGCCCGCCCUGUAGCCCAAGACUACCACUCCCAAAACAUCAUGCCUACAUCACAGCAGGAGGCGGUCUACAGCAGAAACCCUGUCUGCCAGGAUACCUGAUGAUGGUCACUGAUUGCAUUACCUGAGCAGCCUGGCCAUUCUGUUGUGAUGGUUAAUAUUUUAGUUCCUGAGCCCAGGUCACAGGCUCACCCUAUUCCUAUGCAAAUAUGCUCUUAAGACAGGCAAAAAGACAAUGGGAAGGUGUCAGGGAACUGACAUCGGAGCUAGAAGCGGAGGGAAGGCUCUCAAAUGAUGCUGGAGAAGGGCCCAGCAGGGAGAGAGGCAGCUCCGCAGAUGGGGAAGCAAAUCAGCGCAACACCAGGGAUAAAGAGGGGCUGAUGGGGGAAUCGGCGAGAGGGCUCCAGGACUCUUCACCAGACACCAGCGGGGAGAGCACUGGUCCCCCGCUACCCACGCCCACCCUGCGCAGAAGACUUCCGCGCAGAGAGAGUAGGAGGAGACUGGGUGUCAAACAACUUUUAUGUUGGAAAAGAUUUAAGAAACGCCCACUGACGGAUUUUGCUAGCGACUGAGGCAGCCACGAAGUGAAGGGCUGCUCAGACUGAAAGGUUUAGCGAGGCAACAAAGCCUGGAGAGGCGGCAACUUACGCACGAGCAACCCAUACACAUUACAGAAGGCUUUCCCCAUUUGCCUCCCUUACUGCAGAGGAACAUUUGACGUCAUUGGGAGAGUCAAAAUGGCUUCAGGAUUGCUCUCCUGUGCUAUUUCAGACACAUGGUUUAUACAGUUAGAUAUGUGUGCAUUUAUGAAUAUUCUAUAUUUGAGACUUUAAAAGUCUUAUAACAGGUUCAAAUCCACUCUCAGCCAGGAAACUCACUGCGGGACUUUGGGCCAGUCAUUUCAUAGAAUCAUAGAACUGUAGAGUGGGAAAUAGGGCUGCCAUACACCCAAAUUUCCCUGGACAUUACCGGGAUUUCAAAGGCGGAAUUGACGCUUUGUCCUGGAUCUUGGGCAAGUCAAUGAAAAAGUGUGGGGUUUUUUUGGCGUUUCUGUAACAGCUUUUGGGGUCUUCCUAAAAAAAAGUUCAACAACUUUCGGGGCGUCCUGGUUUUUCACUUAUUGAAAUAUGGCAACCCUGGUGGUUAGGGCCCUCCAAGGGUCAUCCAGUCCAACCCCCUGCAAUGCAGGAAUCACAGCUAAAGGAGCCCUGAUGGAUGGCCAUCUAACCUCUGUUUAAAAGCCUCCAACGAAGGAGAGGCCACCACUUUCCAAGGAAGUCCAUUCAAACCGCUCUCAAUGUUACUUAAUGUUUAGUCGGAAUUGCCUUCCUUGUAAUCUGAAUCCAUAGGUUCAAAGUCCUGCGCUCUGGAGGAGCAGAAAACAAGUUUGCUGCAUCCUCCGUGGGACAGCCCUUCUUAUCAGCCUAAGCUACCUCUCAGGGUUCUUGUUAGGGGCAAUUGAACCUGUCUCAUCUGUCCCAUGUUAAGUUCAGUUGUCCACAUUUUCACAUCCAUUUGCGGUUGUUGUGGUUGUUUCAAAAGCCCCCAUGAAAAUUCACCAGCAUUUUAGCAUUGUCCCGUGCCCCCCCCCCUUUAUUACUCCUGAAUCUUCCACGUUCAGCUUCCUUUUACCUCCACAAGUUCUAGGGCUAUUACAGAGGGAGAAAAACAGACCCUCCACGUGUCCCUAUUUUCCAAAGACACCCCAAAUCUACAGAAGCUGUCUCAGUUUUUGACUUGAUCCCAGUAGGUCCUGCUUUUCCUUAGGAUGUUCCUAUUUUCAUUGGAUAAAUGUUGGAGGGUAUGGAGUUAUGCAACCCCCAAGCCAGGGAGAUAAGUAACCAUACAACCUUUAGAAGACAUCUGAAGGCAGCCCUAGAUAGUUUUGUGAUGUUUUUAUAUGUGUUGGAAGCCGCCCAGAGUGUAAAUAUUAUCAUUAUUAUGCAAUAGGACGUCCCCACUUUCAUCGGAGAAACGUUGGAGGGUAUGCAAAUUCUGCACCAGUCGAAGUUUCCAAACUGUCCUGGGAGGCAGCCCUGCAUAUAACGCGUUGCAGUAAUCUAUCCUCAAGGUUACCAGAACAUAGAGGGCAGAAGUUAGGCUAUCCCUGUCCAAAUAGGGGCGCAGCUGGGCCACCAGCUGAAGAUGGUGGAAGGCUCUCUUGUGCCACCAAGGCCACCUGAGCCUCGAGGGACUGCAAUGGACCCAGGAGUUUUCCCCAGGCUACAUACCCACUCCUUCAAAAGGAGUGUAACCACAUCAGAAGCAGGCAACCUCCCAUCCAUAAGGCAGCUUCCCUAUGCUCUUAUCAGGUUACUCCACACCCAGAACAUAAGAUGAGCCUGCUUGUUCAGGCCAAUGGCCUGUCUAGUCCAGUAUUCCAUUCUUACAGCAACUACUGAGAAGCCUGUAGGAAACCUGCCAGCAGGACCUGGGUGCAAGAGCCCUCUCCUGUCCUGUGGCUUCCAGCAACUGGAAUUCCUUUUUUAAAAAAGUUUUUUAUUGAUACAACAAGAAAAAAGAAAAAAAACACAAAUACCAAAUUACACACAAGAACACAUAGACACAUAAUUUUCUUAGCAAACAUUAAAACAUCUAUUGGUCUUAACACUAAAGACCCAACUUCCCGUCUAUUCCAUAUUUCAAAUUCAUAUUACUUAUUGCCAGAACACACUUUUAUCAUGAUUAAACUUAUUCUUAAUAAAUCUAAUUUCUUAUAUCUACCUUGCAACCAUUACUGAAGUUCCUCGAAUGCUGCAACAGAAUUUAAACUACUGUAUUUAUUUUUCAGAUAUUCUUUAAAAACCUCCCAUUUUGAAACAAAUUCCUGUUUUGAUUUAUUCUUUAUUUUUUCUGAUAAACCGUCUUAAUUCUGCAUAUUCUGUCAGCUUUUGGAUCCAAUCUUGUAUAGAGGGGAUUUCAUUACUCUUCCAUUUUGCGGCGAUCAAAACUCUAACCAGCAACUGGAAUUCCAAAGCAUUUUGGACUCCAACUGUAGAGGCAGAGAAUAGCCAUUGUGGCUAGUAGCCAAAAACAGCCCUCUCCUCCAUUAUUUUCCCCAGUCUCUUUUAAAGCCCUCUAUCUAGGCAGCUGCCUCCUGCAGCAGGGAGUUCCGCAGUUUAACGAUGCAUUGCAUGAAGAGCUCCUUUCUUUUCUCUGUCCUGAAUCUUCUCACAUUCCACUUCGCUGGAUGGGUUCUGAGAGAGGGAGGAAAACUUUUCUCUGUCUACUUUCUUCAUGCUACGCAUCAUUUUAAACAUGAACGGAGGGCAAGCUUCCUUGGCAGACCACUCGCCCGUUAUCACUAAUCGAUAAGUUGGGUGCGCUCCAGGGCGAAGUGUCAGUUCAGGUGGCAGAAUGGAGAGGCCUAGCAGGUUUGGCCAGGAAGCCCCUGAAAGGCAGCAUCUGCGUCAGCCUUAUUCAGGAGUUUGUCGUCGUCCCCCUGCAUGUAUUUCCUCACAUGGGUGGAGGGAAGAUUAAGGAUGAGGUUGUCAGCAAUGCCCCUUUGUCAUAUACUUAACAGCCUGGCCCUGCUGCCCUCCAUGCCUUGGGGCUUCAUGUCUGCAGGCGGGGAGCUGUCUUAGUUUGUGGGCAUAAUUUAGUACCCUGGUACUCCUCUAGACUAGACUAGAGGGACGCUGGUGGCGCUGUGGGUUAAACCACAGAGCCUAGGACUUGCCAAUCAUAAGGUCGGCGGUUCGAAUCCCCGCAACAGGGUGAGCUCCCGUUGCUCGGUCCCUGCUCCUGCCAACCUAGCAGUUCGAAAGCACGCGAAAGUGCAAGUAGAUAAAUAGGUACCGCUCCGGCGGGAAGGUAAACAGUGUUUCUGUGCACUGCUCUGGUUCACCAGAAGCGGCUUAGUCAUGCUGGCCACAUGACCCGGAAGCUGUACGCCAGCUCCCUCGGCCAAUAAAGCAAGAUGAGCGCCGCAACCCCAGAGUCGGUCACGACUGGACCUAAUGGUCAGGGGUCCCUUUACCUUUACUCCUCUAGACUAUGGUUUGGGGGAGAGCCUACCUCACAGGGUUGUUGUGAGGACUGGUGGAGGAGGAGGGAAACCAAGCACACCACUUUGAGCUCCUUGGAGAAAAAGUGUGAUGCAAGCACAACAAAGAUCCGAAAUUCAAAUUUCUUUGUGUCUAAGUGAGCAGCUAUCUAUCAGAUGUCAAGGAGAUAAAGAACUACACAACUUUUAGAAGACAUCUGAAGGCAGCCCUGUAUCAGGAAUUUUUUUAAUAUUUGAUGUUUUUUAUAUGUUCAAAGGCCUCCAAAGAGGCUGGGGCAAGCCAGCCAGAUGUGCAGGGUAUAAAUAUGGUGGUUGUUGUUGUUGCUGCUGCUGCUGUUAUCCACACUCACCUAAACACAGUUAUCCUUCAAAAUUUGCCCUUCUCUGAAUUUUGUGGUGAAGUUCUCCAGCCGGACGGUGUUUACCCAAAAUGCUAUACUGGGGGUGGUAGAAGAAUGCAUAAAAACAAAUACAUUAGUGAAAAUAACAUAUCACAUUAGGGGAAAGUGGCUUGCAAAUUUGGAAAACAUCUUGGAAAUGAAGAGAGUUCAAACAUGCUCUGAUGUUGCUGCCUUUGAUUCUGACCUGUUCAUCUCCCCGGGGUAUCUCAAUUACAUGGUCUCAUUAACAUCCUUCCUCCUGAGGCUGCAGGGAGAUUCUCCUGGAUCUCUGUGUGUUUCCAGCUCUGUCCCUUUCUCUCUGCGGAAGGCUCCAUGCUCCUCCAUCCAAGCUUUGAAUGGAGGUGCUACGUGAAAAUAACAAAUAGUAAUCCAUCAGUCAGGGUGGGCCAGUCUGCUGGGUUAAUAUGAAGGAGCCAGGAGGGAAGAAUUGAUGGUGAACGACCCCAUCAUGAAACAGAUGGAGGAUCAUGAAGAUGGGAGACGGCUCUUGCAGGCUUCCCUUUGAGGAAUCUAUGUGGGUAUUCCUCCUGACACAUCAAGGCUAAAACAUGGUGUAGUGGUUAAGAGUGGUAAACUCAUAAUCUGGUGAACUGGGUUCGAUUCCCCGCUCCUCCACAUGCAGCUGCUGGGUGACCUUGGGCUAGUCACACUUCUCUGAAGUCUCUCAGCCCCACUCACCUCACAGAGUGUUUGUUGUGGGGGAGGAAGGGAAAGGAGAAUGUUAGCCGCUUUGAGACUCCUUCAGGUAGUGAUAAAGCGGGAUAUCAAAUCCAAACUCCUCCUCCUCCUCCUCCUCCUCCUCCUCCUCUUCUUCUUCUUCUUCUUCUUCAGAAUUGAGAAAGUUACUAGUGGUAAGAACUCCCAACUACCAUAGUUGGAAGCACUGUGUCUCUGAAUAGCAGUAAUCUCAAGUUGGGAAAGUUGGGUGCUGGACCAGGUGAGCCUUAGGCCAUCCGGGAGAGCUGCCCUUAUGUUCUCAUUCAUCAUUCUCUCCUCAAGGAGCUUUAAAAUGGGAUUAGACAAAUUCGCGGAGGAUAAGGUGAUCAAUAGGAGAAAAGUACUCAUGGUAAGAGCGUUUCCACCCCCAUCGCUCAGCCCAGACCCUGGGGUCCAGCUCUGAGGGCCUUCUGGCUCACUGUGAGAAGUGAAGUUACAGGGAACCAGGCAGAGGGCCUUCUCGGGGGUGGCACCCGCCCUCUGGAAUGCCUUCUCAUCCGAAGUCUUCUAAAAGUUGCCUCAUUAUUUAUCUCCUUGACAUCUGAAGACAGCCCUGUAUAGGGAAGCCUUUAAUGUACGAUGUUUUGUUACGUUUUUAUAUCUGUUGGAAGCCGCCCAGAGUGGCUGGGGCAAACCCAGGCAGUUGGGCGGGGUGCAAAUAAUAAAAUGAUGAUGGUGGUGAUGAUGACCAGCUACCAUGACUAUGUUCUUUUUUCUUCUUCAAAUAAUCUUUAUUAGUUUUUGAAUUAGAUACGCCACACACACAUAUUGUAUUACAUUUAUACUUACUCUUCAGAGCUGACUUCCCUCAUUCCUUCUUCUGGUUUUUUAUAUCACAUAUAAUUUUAUCGCAUUAUUUUCUUCCAUUUUGUAUAUUGUUAUUCAUUUUCCUUAUUUGUCCAUAGUAUAUCCAUAAACAAAUAAGUCCUCAUGUUUAUACAAUUCUUGUUGUCUGUCUGUAUUCAUUUACAACUACUGUUAGUUAUAUUAGUUUCCUGAUACAUUUUGCUUCUUAUUAUUUUCAUUAUCCAUCACUUUUCUUAAUCUUUCCUGUUAUGAGGUUUAUUUCCAAUUCUACUGGUUUCACUAUUUCAUCUUAUCUUUCCUAUAUACAACAUAAAUUUUUCCCAUUCUUUUUGAAAUGUUUCCUUGCCCUGUUGUCGAAUUUUCCCUGUUAAUUUGGCUAUUUCUACAUAUUCCAUUAGGGAUGCGGGUGGUGCUGUGGGUUAAACCACAGAGCCUAGGACUUGCCAAUCAGAAGGUCGGCGGUUCGAAUCCCCGCGACGGGGUGAGCUCCCGUUGCUCGGUCCCUGCUCCUGCCCACCUAGCAGUUCAAAAGCACGUCAAAGUGCAAGUAGAUAAAUAGGUACUGCUCUGGCGGGAAGGUAAACGGUGUUUCCAUGCGCUGCUCUGGUUCGCCAGAAGCGGCUUAGUCAUGCUGGCCACAUGACCCGGAAGCUGUACACUGGCUCCCUCAGCCAAUAAAGCGAGAUGAGCGCCGCAACCCCAGAGUCGGUCACGACUGGACCUAAUGGUCAGGGGUCCCUUUACCUUUACAUAUUCCAUUAUCUUCUGUCGCCAUUCUUCUACUGUUGGUAAUUGCUCCCAUGGCUAUGUUCUACCUCCCUCGUUGGAGGCAUUAUGCUUCUGAAUACCAGUUGCUGGAGACCACAGGAAGGGGAGAAUGGGGCUGUUGUGCACCAUGGGCCAUGUUUUCAGGCUUUGCAGAAGUAUCUGGUUGGCCACUAAGAGAACAGGAUCCUAGACUAGAUGGACCACUAGCCUGAUUCCAGCCAGACUCUUAUCUUCUUAAGAACCUGAUUUUUCUUCUACCCACCCCUAGCUAAUGUCUGGAGUUUGCCAGACAGGAGUUUGCCAUUGGCCUGAUCCAGCAGGGCUCUUCUUAUAUUCUUCGGUGGGGAAAUGGCCAAAUUUGUCUAAAGCAACCUCAAAGAAUGGUUGAGUUGGAAGGAACCCUGAGGCUCAUCAUUCCUGCAAUGCAGGAAUUUGCAGGUGUCCCUACCGGGGAUCAAACCUGCAACCUUGGCAUUAUCAGUGCCCCACUCUAAUAAACUGAGCUAUACUGUCAGUAGCUGAGGCUCUCCAGAUCUUUUGGACUUCAGCUGAUGGGAGUUGGAUUCCAAAACAUUUGGAGGACCCAGCACGGGAAAGGCUGGUCUAAGACAAGCGUGGGGGACUUGGGGAGCUGCAGAUCCAGCUCCAAGUUGGAGUCCAUUGGACUCCAACUCCCAUCAGCACCAGCCAGUAUGGCCCAACAGCCAGGGGAUGCUGGGAGUUGAAGUCUGGCAACAUUAGGAGGGCCACAGGUUCCCCAGUGCUGGUCCAGAAGGAAGGAAAUUCUGCUUGAACGGAGCUCCCACCCUUGGGCAGUUGGAACUUUUUAUUUUUCCAUUUUGCUGCAAUUUGGAACUUGGCCACUUGUGAAGGAAAAGCAGCCAGCUUUCUUUUCUGAUCUGCAGUAUUCCUUCCUGGCUCAUAACAUCUUGGACUGGUUUUAAAAUUUGGACAAAUGAGUUCACUCUGCUGUUUGGGAUGAGGGUAAUGCAUUUUACGCAUCAUUUUCAGACGACUGCUGUAAUUGUGUUUUUUGUGCGGCUUCUCUUAAAGCAUGCAGAGCUGUUGCAAAAGCUUUUGGGCUAGGUGGCCAGGUAUGGAAAAAAAGGAGAAAUGGUUAAGAUGUGAGCAGUAAAAUGUAAUAAAUACAUAAAUAAUCUUUAAAAAGCUGUUAGGUUCCUGUAAACUGCAAACCCUAAGCACUAUUUAGGAUUUAGCAUGCAGGGAGUUGGACUAGAACAGGGUUUCCAAAACUUGGGCCUCCAGCUGUUUUUAGACUACAACUCCCAUCAUCCCAAGAUAGCAGGACCAGUAGUCAGGGAUGAUGGGAAUCGUAGUCCCAAAAACAGCUGGAGACCCAAGUUUGGGAAACCCUGGACUAGACAAGAUGCUUCCUAUCCAGUGCAGCCAGAGUUGCUUCUGAGGACCCAUGUGGAGAUGUGGCUUGGGUGAGUGGGUGUGGCCUUGGGUGGGUGUGGCCUGUGGAGAGGGCGUGGCCUGGGAAGAGUCUCCAGGGCUGACUAUCGAAGCAUUCUCUUCCUGAGGGGCUGAAGCUUUAGCUCAGGGGUCAGCAAACUUUUUCAGCAGGGGGUUGGUCCACUGUCUCUAAGACCUUGUGGGGGGCCGGACUAUAUUUUUUGGGGGGAAAUGAACGAAUUCCUAUGCCCUACAAAUAACCCAGAGAUGCAUUUUAAAUAAAAGCACACAUUCUACUCCUGUAAAAACACCAGGCAGGCCCCACAAAUAACCCAGAGAUGCACUUUAAAUAAAAGGACACAUUCUACUCAUGUAAAAACACGCUGAUUCCCGGACUGUCCGCUGGUCGGAUUUAGAAGGCGAUUGGGCUGGAUUCAGCCCCCGGGCCUUAGUUUGCUUAUCCAUGCUUUAGAUCCCUGAUCUUGAAGAUCCCAGACUGCACAAUCCCAUCAAUAGAAGCCUCCCAGCUGCCCUUGCAAAACUAUGGUUAUGUCCACACCAAACCUUUAAAGUUCAUAGCUUCCCCUAAAGAAUCCUGGGAACUGUAGUUUGUUAUGGGUGCUGGGGACGAUAACUCCGGGGGGACUACAGUUCCCAGAAUUAUUUGGGGAAAACAGUGUGCACUAGAUGUGCAUUAAGUGCUUGGUGCAGAUGUGAAGUUGAUGCGGCAGUUGCCCUCAUUUGCCCUCUUUUUCUCUGCCUUACUAGAGUUUAGCGAAAAAUCAAUGGGGUUUAAAGUUGGAGAAAUGCCCUGGCAGUUUGAUGGGGCGUUGUUCAGUGUGCUGAGUUAAUAUUUUGCCUCCGGGAGGACCCAAGCACAAAAGCACUCUCACCUCCUGUGGCUUCCAGCAACUGGUAUUACUGCCUCCGACGGGGACAGUGGGUUCAUUGUGGGACUUACUCCCAGGUAAAUGUGCCUCUAAUUAGAGCCUUAGCUAAAAUCAGCCUCACAAAGGACUGAAUGGCAACAUCACCGGUAGCAUUCUUAUCAGCCAGCGUUGUGGUAGUGUUGUGCAGUGGUCAAUGCAUCAGACUACAACUGCAGAGACCCGGGUUCAGAUCCCACCCACCCCCCGCCAGCCACUGGAGAACCUUAGACCAGUUGGUACCUCACAGGGUGGUUGUGGUGAUGAAAUAAAGGAGCAUGCCUUGAACUCCUUGGAGGGGAAAAGGAGAGCGAAAAUGUCCAAAGCAAAAACAGCAUUGAUCAGGAUUUCAUAGAAUCAUAGAAUUGGAAGGGACCUUGAGGGUCAUCUAGCCCAACCCCCUGAAAUGCAGGAAUCUCAGCUGUGAUGAAAGAAAGAAAUUCAGAAGUUUGGGGGCUCCCUUCAAAAAAAGAAACCCGAAACUUAUUUGGAGCCGUGGGAAGGGGAUACGGUGCCCUCCCUCUCCACCAACUUUUAGGACAGGAUAUUUGAGCUGAGGGAGAGGCUGAGGAGCAGAGAGGCUCUCUGCAUGCGGCUGCCGGCACGGCAGGGAACGCAUCUGGUGCGAGGAGAGUUGCAAGCGGGCACCUGAGUGCUGCAUCGCUUCCGCUGCCAAUAUUGCAGGGGCUGCUGGCACGCUCCCUCUGAGCUUGGCUGGGAGGCCUGGGUCACCGGAGGAAGCUGCCAAGGGCUUGUUUUCAACCUGAUGUUCUUUGGAUUCCAUCCUGAGCUCAAGUUCCAAAGGGAGAUCACAGGAUUUUAGAGCCCGAAGGGGGCUAACAGAAGUCACCUAGUCCACCCCUACCCCCCCACACCUUGCUCUACGCAGGAACUGCAAUGCAGGAUGCAGAAUUACAGGGUCCCGAAAGGAGGUCAUCCAGCCUUUGCUCAAAAGGCGUGCAGGGAAGGAGAGCCCCAACACAUCCUGAGGCAGGCAGUUCCGCAGUCCAAACGCCCUUUGUCAUUCGGAGGUUUUGUCUAAUGUUCAGCCAAAAUCUCCUUCCCCACAAUUUCCAUCCCCUUUUGGAGUCCUGCCCUCGAAAGCAACUGGACAAACAUGGGAAGAGGCUGACCAUCUGUCUCGAUAGCGUCUGCAAAAAAGAGGACAACUAAAGGUGGGGGCGAGGGGGGUGAGAGAGCAAAUUGGCAAAAUCAUAUCUCUCUCCCUGAAAUAAGGGUUCUGCACUUGGUUCAUACUUUCUUUCUUUUAGAGCACAAAUUUAGAGUCAUUCUCCCAUUCCCCCAUCCCAGAACACCAACAAAGGACUUAAAACAGCUGAUUUUGUUUUUUUAAAAAAACCAACAACAAAUAAAUUUAUAAAAUAGUUUAAAACGUUGCAGCGAACAAGCGAAGCAGGCCAUAACAUUAAUCUUUUGGGAAAGCUCCUGCAAACGUGCUGAAGAGAUUUUGCUAAUCCACUGCAGUCUGCGACCUAUGCAAAUGAAUUGUUUGACAUAAUUUUCUUCUGCUUUGCUGAGUAGGACAAAACACAGAGAGCUAUGGAGGACACCAAAGCCCAACCCUCUAGAAAUGUGUUAACUUCUAUUCAUUACAUUUAUAUCCCUUUAAGGAGUUGAAGGUGACAUAACAUGGUUAUUUGCUGGCCACUGCCAUAUUCAUCUUCACAACAACCUUAUAGGGUAGGCUAGAUGAGUUGUCUUUGGCCUUCAGAUGUGGAGCCCACUUUUAACUGAGGGAUGUAAGAAGGCAGCGAUUUCCCCGAAGACCUGUGCUUGUCAAAAUCAGCACUGUUUCCCUUUUGCUGCAGUUCACUUUCUGCCAAUGACUAUACAGUGGUACCUCUGGUUGCGAGCGGGAUCCAUUCCGGAGCCCCGUUCGCAACAUGAGCAGAAUGCAACCCGCAUCUGUUCGUGCGCGGGUCGCGAUUCGCCACUUCUGCGCAUGUGCGUGACGUCAUUUUGAGCGUCUGCGCAUGCGCGAGCGGCGAAACCCGGAAGUAACCCGUUCCGUUACUUCCAGGUCACCGCGGGACAUAUCCUGAAAGAAUGUAACCUGAACUGAACGUAACAAGAGGUAUGACUGUAUUGGCUGCUAUUUAACAUGACCUAAGUAAUUCCUUACAUAUCUAUCGCCACCUGAGCUCAUUUCAGUGUAAAGUAACUGCCCAAACAAUGUAAAAAGAAUGGCAUUAAUUGUGCAUUGUCUGUGGACUGAAAAACAACAAGAGCCAGCGUUUGUGUAGUGGUUUAGAGUGCUGGAUCUGGGAGACCAGGGUUCAAUUUAUUAUUAUUAUUAUUAGUAGUAGUAGUAGUAGUGCCCCACCUAUCUGACUGGGUUGCCCCAGGCACACAACCAUGAAAUGCUCACUGGGUGUCCUUGGGCCAGUCACGGUCUCUUUCAGGCAUACUUUUGCAAUCCAUAAGGACUAGAAACUUGCUUUUUAAAAAAAAAAUGAAAGAGAGUGGAGAUAUCUGAAUUCCAUAACUGUUUCUGGCACACUUUCACCCACCGUAACCUUGACUGUAAGCACCUACCGUAUUUUUUGCACCAUAACACUCACUUUUUUCCUCCUAAAAAGUAAGGGGAAAUGUCUGUGCGUGUUAUGGAGGGAAUGCCUACAGGUGGCAUGCCUACGGAUUUUCCUCCUCUAAAAACUACGUGCGUGUUAUGGUCGGGUGCGUGUUAUAGAGCGAAAAAUACAGUACUUGCUCCAGAAUGUGGCCUGAAAGAAUCGUCCAUGAAAAACCUUGUGAUGAUGAAUAAUCUGGUUACAAGGGUCACCUCCAGGCCGAAGCAUCCCUCCCGGUGGCCUCGAUGCAGCAGCGUUUGCCUCGUAGGCCAUCUGGCUUCCCUGGUCUUCCUCCUCCUCCUCCUCUUCCUCCUGAGGAGCGCUGUCUCAGCAAAAUGCGCUGCUGCCUGAUUCAAUUCCUCCCCUUGUGCUAGGCAGGCUCAGAAGGCAGCUGAUUAAUUGCCGUAAUUAUGGUAAUUAAUCGGGCUGGACAAACGGGCAGGGAGAGCUUUUUUGCGGGGAUGUGGACGCCGAGUUGUGCGGAGGUGGACCAGAGCAAUGUUCAGGCCAGGAGGAGGUUGUUUAUGUGAGCUGAGCUUGUGAUACCCCCCCCCCCCGCCCCAAGCAAUAAGACUGGCGCUUUUUCGGUUGCCAACAGUGUGGGGAAAAGCACCUUUUCCAAAUGCCAGCUCGCUGCUUCCAUUGUUUAGGGCAAAACAGAGAAGUGGAAGGAGACAUUGAGCAAACAAAACUACCAGCAGGCUCCCAGACUUUUACUCUCCACCCCCCCCCCCAUUUCUCUUUUAAUUUGUAUGCCCCCUUUCUAUAUUACUGUACGCAAGGCGGUUUGCGGCAGCAAAAUAUACGUCAAAGCUCACGCAGCUCAGAAUAAUCCAACCCAGUACAAAAUGAAUAAUAAUCAUAAUGAACCGUAGCUUUAAAACAAACAACUUAUAUCAAAUAAAGUAAUGAAGAUAAUGGGACACAAUGGAAUUAACUCUCGAAAUAUCAGCAAAUAAAAAUUAAUCAGGAAUUCACUCUUAACAAGUACAAUAAAUAGCUACUAAACUGUAAUCAGUAAAAAUAACAGCAAGUCACAAUGCAUAAGAUGCCACGAUACAUGCAAAACCGUGUUAAAGGGUCAGAUUGAGAAACAAAGACACAGUUUAUGAAAUUAUUUAUAAUUUGCAAAUAAUUCUGCAUGCAAAGUAGGCGCUCUGCCACUGAGGUACAGUGGUACCUCGGGUUACAUACACUUCAGGUUACAUACGCUUCAGGUUACAGACUCUGCUAAUCCAAAAAUAGUGCUUCAGGUUAAGAACUUUGCUUCAGGAUAGGAACAGAAAUCGUGCUCUGGUGGCACAGCGGCAACAGCAGGAGGCCCCAUUAGCUAAAGUGGUGCUUCAGGUUAAGAACAGUUUCAGGUUAAGAACAGACCUCCGGAAUGAAUUAAGUACUUAACCUGAGGUACCACUGUACAGCACAUCCGUUAGGAACAGAGAAAACUGGCUUAGUGGUCCUUCCAGCCCAGUAUUUCCUGCACUGACUGGCAGCAGCUCUCCAGGGUUUCAGUUAGGGGACAUUCACAGCUCUACCUGCAUAUGGGAUUGAACCCAUGACCUUCUGCAUGCAAGGCAGAUGCUCUAUCUCUGAGCAAUGGCCUUCCCUUAAGACCUAGGGACAUAAGAAGCCACCUUCUAGGCAGUCAAACCCUGGCCCAUCUAGCUCAGUAUUGUCUACACUGACUGGCAGUGUCUCUCCAGGGUUUCAGACAGAGGGUGUUUUCCAGUGACCCUGGUCUCAGUUAUAAAUUUAAAAAUGUGUUAUAAAAAUGUGGCACCAGAGGGCGCUGUAGAGCAGCGAUACAUUACCAAUGGUAAAUUGCAUUGAGAGCUAUGUUUUUAUAGCGUUUCUCAUCAGUGUAGAUCCAGCCUCUAUCUGGAAAAGCCAGGGACUUCUUGGAUUCAAGCUGAUGCUCUGCCCACUGAGCUAUGGUGAGAGCAAGAUUCUAGUCCUCAGUGUUCUGAAUAAAGGGUGAAUUAAAUAGGAGCAUAGGUAAAGGUAAAGGGACCCCUGACCUUUAGGUCCAGUCGUGACCGACUCUGGGGUUGCGGCGCUCAUCUCACUUUAUUGGCCGAGGGAGCCGGUGUACAGCUUCCGGGUCAUGUGGCCAGCAUGACUAAGCCGCUUCUGGCGAACCAGAGCAGCGCACGGAAACGCCGUUUACCUUCCCGCCGGAGCAGUACCUAUUUAUCUACUUGCACUUUGACGUGCUUUCGAACUGCUAGGUUGGCAGGAGCUGGAACCAAGCAACGGGAGCUCACCCCGUUGCGGGGAUUCGAACUGCCAACCUUCUGAUCGGCAAGUCCUAGGCUCUAGGAAGCUGCAUUAUUCUGAGUCAGACCUUUGGUCCAUCUAGUUCGCUAAUCUCUAUAUUGACUAGCAGCAGCUCUCCAGGGCUUCAGACAAUAGUCUUUUCCUAGUCCUACCUGACCUGGAGAUACUGGGGGUUGAACCUGCAACUGUCUGCAUGCAUACAGCUCCAUAUCUGAGCUGUAGCUAACAAUGGGUAGAUCUGCCCAUUUUAGUUUCUCUACUUUUUCUAUUCUUCCAAUCUUAAAUUCCGUUCUCCCCAUCAGUUUGUGACUCCCAAUUCCCAGAGUGAUUUAACAAUGAACCCCUCUUCCCAGAGAACUUUCUAGGUCUGUGAGAGGAAUAAGGGAUCCCCUAAUAAAUCUCAGCACCUUUACCAAAUUACAGCUCCCAGAAUUCUAAUGGGGAAGCCAUGGCUGGUUAAAGUGGUAUCACAGCGCUUCAAAUGUGUGGUGUGAACAUGGUCUAGGUGGGCCCCGAAUCAAACUGCUUCUUCUCAGCCUAGCCCCCCAUCUUUUAUCUGCAAAUAGGGAUAAUAAGUCUGUCUUUAAGUCUGAACAAAAUGCUUGUUUAACCUGGAGGUAGGCUGUCUGAAUUGUGCAUUGCUUUGUAACGAUUGAUUGGGUCUCUGGACCGUAAUAAAGAUUGAUUGAUUGAUUGAUUGAUUGAUUAAUAAUCACACUGGUCUACCUUGCAGGGUUGUUGAAAAUGUUUUUAAGAUGCAACACAUGCCAAUGUGCAUCUCAAAGCGCUAUAUCAAUGCUAUUAGCGUUCAUAGUGAUUUAUUACACUUGACCGCAGAACAGUGGCAUUUGCACAAAGCAUUACGCUCCUCGCCAAAGAUUUACUGGUUUUUAAGCAAACUUAUUCUCACGGAACGAUAGGCUUGGCAGUCGUGAACAGGAAGGGCUCACGGCAGACUUUCUGUUAGCAAGGCCAGUGAUGACUCAGACCCAGGUUAUGUCAACAACAAAAUGAGGCCAGCUAGCAAAAACGAGGCAAACUCAGUUCCAUGUGUCAGCAACACCAGUGAUUUUGUUUCCCUCACAAGGACCCUGUGGAGGAGGAUUGCUUGAGAGCAUGUGAGAAAACCGUCCUAGACCCUCCAGAUGUCCCGAUUUUCCAGGGACAGCCCCCGCAUUUACAAAAGCCACCGCAGUCAAAUCAAUCUACCAUGCCCUCCAACAUUUCUCCAAUGAAAAUAGGAUGUUAUAAGAAAAACUGCUCCCUUUUCCUUAUGGGGUAUUCCGGAGCCCGUAUACGAGGCCUUAAGUGGGUUCCCUGUCAGUAGGAGAAAAUAACAGAGGCCAACCAGAGUAUAUUGAGAAGCAAAGCGGCUAGUAAGCCUGAUCUUUAUUCAAGGAACUGUUGCAACAGGGUCCCCACUCCCCACACACAGUAGGGAGGAGAACCCUGAACAAUGGUGUGCAAGCCCUUAUAUAGACUUUUGAAAUUGUUCACCCUGUAGCCCAAAACCAUCAUCUCCAAAACAUCAUACAUACAUCACAGAAGGAGGCGGUCUACAGCAGAAAUCCUGUCUGCCAGGAUACCUGAUAACGGUCACUGAUUGCAUUACCUAGGCAUUCUUUUGUGAUGGUUAAUAUUUUAGUUCCUGGGUCCCAGGUCAUAGGCUCACCCUAUUCAUACACAAAUACACCCUUAAGACAGGAUUUGCAAGCAAAAAGACAAUGGGAAGGCUUUCCCCAUUUGCCUCCCUUACUGUAGAGGAAUAUUUGGGGUCAUUGGGAGAGUCAAAAUGGCUUCAGGAUUGUUCUCCCAUGCUAUUUCAGUCACAUGGUUCAUAUAUUUAGAUAUGUGUGCAUUUAUGAGUAUUUAUCUACAUUUGACACCUUAACAUUCUUAUAGAGGGAUAUUCCCAUUCCAUAAUGAUAUUUUUUACUAUUUAUACCCCACACAUCUUAUUGGGUUGGCCCAGCCACUCUGGGCAGCUUCCAACACAUAUAAAAACAUAAUAAAACAUUAAACAUUUUAAAAAACUUCCCUAUACAGGAUUGCCUUCAGAUGGCUCAGGGAUUGGAUAACUCCAUACCCUCCAACAUUUCUCCAAUGAAAAUUGUUGUUGUUUAGUCGUGUCCGACUCUUCGUGACCCCAUGGACCAGAGCACGCCAGGCACUCCUGUCUUCCACUGCCUCCCGCAGUUUGGUCAAACUCAUGCUGGUAGCUUAGAGAACACUGUCCAGCCAUCUUGUCCUCUGUCGUCCCCUUCUCCUUGUGCCCUCCAUCUUUCCCAACAUCAGGGUCGUUUCCAGGGAGUCUUCUCCUCUCAUGAGGUGGCCAAAGUAUUGGAGUCUCAGCUUCAGGAUCUGUCCUUCCAGUGAGCACUCAGGGCUGACUUCCUUCAGAAUGGAGAGGUUUGAUUUUCUUGCAGUCCAUGGGACUCUCAAGAGUCUCCUCCAGCACCAGAAUUCAAAAGCAUCAGUUCUUCGGCAAUCAGCCUUCUUUAUGUUCCAGCUCUCACUUCCAUACAUCACUACUGGGAAAACCAUAGAUUUAACUAUAGGGACAUCCUAAGGAAAAGCGGGACAUUCCGGGAUCAAAUCAGAAACCGGGACGGCUUCUCUAAAUCAGGGACAUCCCUGGAAAAUAGGGACACUUGGAGGGUCUGUUUUUCUCCUUCUCUCAUAGCCCUAGAACUUCUGGAUGUCCAAGGAAGCUGAAUGUUGGAAGAUUCAGGACUGAUAAAACAAAGCCCUUCUUCAUGCAAUAUGUAGUUAAACUAUGGAACUCACUUCCACAGGAGGAAGUGAUGUCCCCCAACGUGGAUGGCUUUAAAAGAAGAUUAGACAAAUUCAAGGAGGAGAUAGGGCUAUUCCAGGACCAUCCCUGGAAAAUAAGGAUACUUGGAGGGUAUGUAGAAGGCACCUUCCUGCACUCACAAGCCAGGCCAAAAGGGGAGGCAGUGAGGAGGACUUGCUGGUGCCCCUUGCGGCCUGUUCCAGGAAGAGACUCGGUGCACCUCUUUUUGCUGGCGGGCGGCUUCCUCUUCAGCAGUGCUGCAAGGCAAGAGUGCCAGGAGCCUUGCCAAGCCGGCCCUCGCUGAAAGCAAACACCACGGAAACCGCUGGCGUACGGCCGUUUAGCUUUAUGAGUCUCCGGGGAAGGAUGCACAGUUAACGUAACACUUCAAACAUAAUUAUUGAUUGCGCACACAGCCUGCUGUUCUGGCUGCAACAUCAGCAUGCAGAAGGGAGAGACGAGAUAAGCUGGGCAAGGAGGGCUGGCUCUGUAUGUGUGUGUGUGUGUUGGUGUGUGUUGGUGCCCUAUUACAUGGUGCCCUGAUGGGUUUCAGGCAUGCAGGAGUCUCUUCCAUGCCUAUCUGGCCCAUCUAGCUCAGUACUGGCUACACUGACUGGCAGCAGCAUUCUGUGGCUUCAGGCAGGGCUCUCUCCCUAAGUGUUCCCACUAGCGCCUUGGGCCUUGUACCCUUUGCUAUGAGGACAGCACUGCUGCACUCAGGUCCUAAUUGUCGCUGGGCUAGGUGAGCCUUUGGCCUGGUCCAGAAUGGCUCAUCUUACAUUCCUAUUUAGGGAUGCAGAUCUUGGCUAAGCAGUAAGAGAUGCUUCCUAAUGAUCAGAGCGACUAACCAUCUACGUUCUCUGUAGGGGUGCGGGUUGUGCUGUGGUCUAAACCACUGAGCCUCUUGGGCUUGCCGAUCAGAAGGUCGGUGGUUCGAAUCCCCAUGACGGGGUGAGCUCUGUCCCAGCUUCUGCCAACCUUGCAGUUUGAAAGCACGCCAGUGCAAGUAGAUAAAUAGGUACCACUGUGGCAGGAAGGUAAACGGCGUUUCCAUGUGCUCUGGUUUCCGUUACAGUGUUCCAUUGUGCCAGAAGCGGUUUAGUCAUGCUGGCCACGUGACCCAGAAAGCUGUCUGUGGACAAACUCCGGCUCCCUUGGCCUGAAGCGAGAUGAGCGCCACAACCUUUGUCUGGACUUAACCAUCCAGGAGUCCUUGACCUUUUUAUGUUCUCUGUCCACUGUCAGAGGCAGCAUGCAUCUGCAUACUAGUUGCUAGCAUUCACAAGUGGGGAGAGUUGCUUUUGCACUCAGCUCCUGCUUGCAGGUUCCCACAGGCAUCUGGGAGGCCACAGAGAGAUGUGCUUGUGCUAUGUUCUGCUUCCACUGUACUUGGCAGUAUGUCUCUGAAUACCAGUUGCUGACAUUUAUUUUUACUACUACUACUACUACUACUACUACUACAUACUACAGUGGUAUGCUUCAGGUUACAGACGCUUCAGGUUACAGACUCCGCUAACCCAGAAAUAGUACCUCGGGUUAAGAACUUUACUUCAGGAUGAGAACAGAAAUUGUGCUCCGGUGGCGCGGCAGCAGCAGGAGGCCCCAUUAGCUAAAGUGGUGCUUCAGGUUAAGAACGGACCUCUGGAACGAAUUAAGUACUUAACCCGAGGUACCACUGUACUAUUACGUUUCUAACCCAUCUUUUCUCUGAGGAGCUCAAGCUGGCGUACCUGGUUCUUGCCACUCAACCAUUUUGCCCUCACAACAACCCUGUGAGGUUGGUUAGGCUGAUAGAUGGUGUCUGACCCAAGUCUCCCAGUGGGCUGAGUGAAGAUUUGAACUUGGGUCCUCAACACUCUAACCACUAGGCCACAUAGGCUCUCAGUCACAAGUGGAGAGAGCUGCUGUCGCAUUCAGGUCCAAGUGCCUGGAAGAAAAUGGUCCAGCUAUUGCCUCCCGUCAAUUCCUGAAAGAAUCCACCUCCCCCCUCCCAGUUGCCCAUCACUGUCUCCAGAUAGGCUUGUGUCCAGUAUAUGUGUGCAGGUAUAGACUUGCCGAUCAGAGGUCGGCGGUUCGAAUCCCUGUGACGGUGUGAGCUCCCGUUGCUCGGUCCCUGCUCCUGCCAACCCAGCAGUUCGAAAGCACCUCAAAGUGCAAGUAGAUAAAUAGGUACCGCUCCGGUGGGAAGGUAAACGGCGUUUCUGUGUGCUGCUCUGGUUCGCCAGAAGCAGCUUAGUCAUACUGGCCACAUGACCCGGAAGCUGUACGCCGGCUCCCUCUGCCAAUAAAGCCAGAUGAGCGCCGCAACCCCAGAGUCGGCUACUACUGGACCUAACAGUCAGGGGUCCCUUUACCUUUACCUUUAUAUGGCUCAUGAAGUGGGGCUGCCCAGCACCUUUUCUGAAAUCAAUUAAUCCUGCCAUAUCUGACCUUUAUCUGAACUGGAACUUCCCUUUUCCCAAGAGUGUUAGCUCUGUUCACAGGGUGACAAGGGGAGAAGGAAAAAUUCUUUCCCUAACAGAAAAAGAAAAAACUCCAGCUGUGGUGGUGUCGGAUAUAAAACGGAAAAGGGAUCAAACAGGGAUGUGUGUGUGUGUGUGUGUGUGUGUGUGUGUGACAUCGGGUGGGAACAUCCAGAGAGAAAGCAGAGACUACUCCCGAGUCUGUUGGGUCCAUGGAAUAGGUGAACAGGAAGGCUCAGGCUUGCCCCGGGCUGUCAGGAGGGCUUCCUGAUCAUCGAGGGGGAAACUGAGCAAGGACAAUGGCUGGGCUGGAGCGCAGGCUGGGCUGCGGAGCAUAAUCGUGUGACUAAACGCGGCCCGGUCCAAAUUGGCUGAGCAGCUUGUGUUGAGAGGGAGGACAUUUGGGAUGGGUGGAACCUGACGCAGCACAAUUAGUGCUUGCCUUAGCACCACAGUGCCAGCAACUCUGGGAGUGAUGCAGGUAGCAAAGAUAUGCCCAGAAUGCAUUGCCAGAAAACGGGAAGGUGUUAAAAGCAGCCCUAGUAAGACCUCCCUUGCUAGCAAGAAGGGGGGGAAAAAGGGCUGUGGAUCUACAAUCGAUGCAAGGAAAUAAGAUGAAACUACAGUUGCAUACCCUCCAACAUUUCUCCCAGGUCAAUAGUUUUCAAGCCCCAUCAUCAUGGCCUGGGAAGAGCCAUAGGCUGGUGGAGGAGCAUUUGAUUUUCAUGCAGAAUGUAGAUCUCAGGUUCAACAGGAAUCUUAAAUCCCCAUAGUAAUAUGGUUCAGCUUGCACCUUUACCAGCUGCUCUGAUAAGACAAUGCUGUUUCCAAGAUGGCUUAAAAAACAAAACAAAACUAGAACCCAAAAAAAUCUACCAAUCAGAGUGAAGUGUAAAAGGCAGGUGCACACUCUCCAACAUUUCUCUGAUGAAAAUAGGGAUGUCAAUAAUAAUAAUAAUAAUAAUAAUAAUAAUAAUAAUAAUACUUCACUCAUCAGAUUGGGUUGCCCCAGCCACUCUGGGCAACUUCCAACAUAUAUAAAAACAUAAUUAAACAUUAAACAUUGAAAAAACUUUCCUAUACAGUACAGGGCUGCCUUCAAAUGUCUUCUAAAGGUUGUAUAGUUAUUUAUCUCCUUGGCUCGGGGGCUGCAUAACUCCAUACCCUCCAAAAUUUCUCAGGUGAAAAUAGGGGCAUCCUAAGGAAAAGCAGGACAUUCCAGGUUCAAAUCAGAAACCACGACGGCUUCUGUAAAUCCGAGACUCCCCCCGGAAAAAUAGAGUAAUAUUCUUCUUAGUUAUAUGUUUAUGAAAAUAAAGUUCCUUGGAAUAUGAAGAAUCUGGACACUGUAGUCUUUCCAAAGAAGCUAUCAGUCACCUAGGGGUUAUUUAGGUUCCUAGCUGUAAGCUACUCUGCUACUUUGCAUAUCAUCAAGAUUUAUUUUACGUACUGUCAAACCUCGGCUCCCAAACGCCUCCAUUUUGGAAUGUUUCAGCUCCCAAAUGCUGAAAACCUGGAAGUAAAUGCUCCAGUUUUCGAACGUUUUUCGGAAGUCAAAUGUCCAACACGGCUUCCGCUUGAGUGCAGGAAUCUCCUGCAAGCAAUCGGAAGCUGUGCCUCGGUUGUCGAACAUUUUGGAAGCCGAAUGGGCUUCCAGAACGGAUUAUGUUCGACAACUGAGGUUUGACUGUACAGUGGUUACAGACGCUUCAGGUUACAGACUCCGCUAACCCAGAAAUAGUACCUCAGGUUAAGAACUUUGCUUCAGGUUGAGAACAGAAAUCGCGCGGUGGGGGCAUGGAGGCAGUGGGAGGCCCCAUUAGCUAAAGUGGUACCUCAGGAUAAGAACAGUUUCAGGUUAAGAACGGACCUCCAGAACGAAUUAAGUUCUUAACCCGAGGUACCACUGUAUACGUAACACAUGAAACUGCGAUUCCCCACCUCUGAUCCAUCGCUUCUUUCUCCUUUGUUCUCUCCCAGGGACAAUGCGCCCGGUGCGAAGGAACUUUUACGACCCCUCUUCUGCCCCCGGCAAGGGGGUUGUGUGGGAAUGGGAAAACGACAACAACUCCUGGACUCCGUAUGACAUGGACAUCUGCAUCACCAUCCAGAACGCGUACGAGAAGCAGCACCCGUGGCUGGACCUGUCCUCGCUGGGGUUUUGCUACCUGAUCUACUUCAACAGCAUGUCUCAGGUGAACCGCCAGACGCAGAGGAAACGCCGUCUAAGGAGGCGCAUGGACUUGGCUUAUCCUCUCACCAUCGGCUCCAUCCCCAAGUCCCAAUCAUGGCCCGUGGGGACCAAUUCUGGGCACCCUUGUUCGUGCCAGCAGUGCCUGUUGGUCAACAGCACCCGGGCAGCCUCCAACGCCAUCCUGGCCUCCCAGCGCAGGAAGGUGUAUUCCGGGAACGGGAACGGAUCGCUGGCCGUCCGGCAGAGCAAUACGUUCAACGGAACGGCGAUGUGGUCGCUGGGCACCAUGCAAGCCAGCGGGACGGGCAAGAUCGAGCAGGUCCGUUCCAGCAAUGGGAUGCAAGUGGCCACUUUUUCGCGGAGCCAGAGCGCGCCCAGCCACACCCAGCUCCCCGGCCAAAACAACCUGAACCGGCCCGGUACGCAGCGAGUGGCCAUCUUGAGUACUCGGGCUUCCAUCCCACCAGGGUAAGUAGCUGAAAAGUAUUUGUCACUUUUAUUUUACCUAUAAUGAAUAUUUAGGACUAGGUUCAUCGACCUAAUGCAGUAACAAUGAGUAAAUAUGGAGAAGGGCGGAUUGGUCAACGACGGUGUCCUCCACCUCAUACAAAUGAAAUGUAAAAGGGCCAUGAACAAUUGCUGCAACAGAAUAACAGACGAGUAGUGACUUUUCAAACGAGUAGUUCAGUACUCCAGUUGAUAUGCAGCAACUGGGGGGGGGUACCUAAUGGUUAGAGCAUCUGCUUUGCAUGCAGAAGAUGGCAGAUUCAAUCCCUGGCAUCUCCGGGUAGGACUGGGAGAGAGAGCCUUGCCUGAAAUUGUGGAAAGUUUCUGCUAGUCCAUGUUAACAAUACUGAGCUAGAUAGACUAGGCAGUCUAAGACAGCUCUCCAGACUCCUGCAUACAAACAGAAAUCUUGCAGCAAGCCAGCUAAUACAGAUUACGGGUGAUUUAAACCCUGCCUCCGUCUCACCAUUCCUCCCAAUUUUAGCCAUACAGCUUCCUAUGUUCCUACUAAUCGCUGUUAUGUUAACCAGUGCAUACCCCUGAAUCUAAGUUUGGCCUCAUUGAGGUGCAGUAUUUCAAUAUGAGUAAGAAACUGAGGGUACCCAUAAAUGUUUUUAAAGAAAAAAAGCACUGUUAACAACAGUAACAUUUGGGACUAAGGCUAGUAACUAACCUGACUGUCUUGCACUGUCACCAAAAAUCAUCACCAUCCAGUCAUCAUCGUUGUUGUUGUUGAUGCUGAUAUUGGCAUUAUUAUUAUUAUUAUUAUUAUUAUUAUUAUUAUUAUCUUGUUACCCAAAGCUCUCAUAGUGACUUGCAACCCAUUUAUAAACAUCUAGCUCACUGGGUGACCUUUGGGCCAGUUGCUGUAUUUAUUUCCCCUGAUUUGAACUAUAAAAUGGUGAUUUUCUUGAGUCAAAAUGAGAGUAUCCCUAAACAUUUUUAAAGAAAAAAAGCACUGACUCUGUGUGUGUGUGUGUGUGUGUGUGUGUGUGUGUGUGUGAACACACAAACACAGAGAGGGCAUUUUGGAUUGCCAUUUUAUCUAAUGCUAUCCCUACUCAGAACCCACUGGAAUUAGCAGGCAUGUCUAACUUUGGUCCAUUCAUUUCGGUGGGUUUACUCUGAGUAGGACUAGCACUGGGGUUUUCAGGUAAAAGAGUCAGCCUGUCUGUCUGUCUGUCAGAGCCCCACACAAUCACCCUCUGCUCUCCUCUCCAUCUUUGUCCAGCCGGCCAGUGUUGACAUAAACAACAAAACAGGGAAGAAGAGGCCUCUGAAUAGCAGCCCACCCAAGUCGCGAAGGAGACCACUGCACAUGAUUCCUGCGCGUUGGAGUUGGGUGCUCUCCGCCUCCCCGGCUCUGGUGCUCAGGGUGGCGGAAGCUGACGUCACCCGUGGUUGCCCAGGCACCUCGCCUGAGCGGCAGGCGCACCCAGGAGCAAUGUGUCAGCUUUGGCCAGAGGAGAGCGGCCUUGUGUUGCCACGGCAACCAGGUGGCAGCGCUGCAGAUUCUCUGAGAAUAAUUGGAGCCUCUGGGGCAGCGCUGGGAAAGGGGCAGGGGGGGCAGGCUCUUUCCUCUCUGCUGCUCCCUCCUGUCAUUCCCUUCCUCGCAUUUGGUGUCUCUGGCCUUUAUUCUCCGCUUCUCUUUCUGCCUAGGAAGACUCAGAGAGGCCAUAUUCGCACCCUGCACUGGAAGCAUCACUUUAAACAGUCACGGCUUCUGCCAAAGGAGUCUGGGAGUCAUGGUUUGCUAAUCCAGCCAGAUGGGCGGGGUAUAAAUAUAUUAUUAUUAUUAUUAUUAUUAUUAUUAUUAUUAUUAUUAGUGCGGAGAGUUGUGGGGAGACCUCCCCCUAUUUCCCUCAUGGAGCUACAAUUCCCAGAAUGGUUUAAGAAUCAGUCCCUCUUUCCAAGGAACUCUGGGAAUCGUAGCUCUGGGAGGGGAAUGGAGGUGUCUCCUAAAAACUCUCAGCAACCUUAGCAAACUACAGCUCCCAGAAUUCUGCGAGGGAAACCGUGACUGUUUAAAGUGGUGCUUUAUGGCAGCAUCCUAGUGUUUAAAAGGUAUGGUGUGAAUGUGGCAUCUGUCUGAACCCUGAAUUCUCAUGUAACACUUGGUAUUUGGGUACAGAUAUCUUGGGGACAAAAUAUACCUGAGCUCAUUGACCCUUCAUGGAGGUUACCUGUGUCUUAAGAAUGGCUGUUUUCCCGCCAUUUUUUUUUUUAAAAAACUUGAAAAUAUUUUUUAAAAAAUUGAUGUCAACGCUGCACUCUACGGCUGGUUAAUCUCACCAUUUGAAGUCUCCAGGGAAAUGAGUCCAUUUCUUUCACCUCAAAAUGCUCUAAAAUAGGGUACCCUAUCACGGUUGAUACUGAUUUGAUGUGAUUCUGCCAGGGGUUAAUAAAAACCUCAGGGUCGAUAGGGGUCUGGGCUUGAAGAGGCAUAGUGUGAAAAAAAAUAAUUAGGAACAAUGAACUUAUGAAAUCAAAGCCAUGGGCAUGUACAGAGCGUACUUCCUUUGCCAAUGACUUUUUUGACAUUUUAUGAUUCUUAGUCAUGUUGAUCAAUGACAAAUAAACCUGAUUAUACAUUUAUAUUUCUUAUUCCAUUUACAUUCCUAAGAAUCUGGGCUGGUGACAGCUUGGCAAGCUCAUUGAAAGAUCAAUGGACACAGAAAUUUGGGGGAAACCUGCUUUGAAAGACUUAUUUAGUCCUUGGGUAGAGAACAUCAGACAUUUUUAGCUGGUCCUCUGGACACUCCCCACAUGGCUGUGCCACCUCCCUGGCCACACACUGCCUUCCCAGGCCACAUUUCUUACCCGCCCUCGCAGCUUAAGCUUUUCAGGGAGGGGGCAUCAAAGGGCUGCAUAUCGCGGCCCCCUGCUGGCCCACGAGUCAGUAGCAGAAUUAAAAUGGGCACGUGGGCUACAAACACCUUUGCAGCGGAUCUCAAUCACACCACGAACAGCCAACAAAACCAUCUGUGUGCUGAGCUGCGGCUGCAGUUUGCAUGAGCUUCCUUCCUCCUCGUGAGUUUGCAUUUUAUUUUGUUAUUAUUUUUUUGCUUUUACUGCUGGGGUACAGUAGUUUCUCGCACAUCAGGGAAGAGAGCCUCCUCACCUGCGGAGUUUGAGAUGCCCACGGACAGGUAGGGUGAUCCUGUAAAUGGCUAUUCUAGUGAGGGGCCAGGCAGGUUAAACUUUAUAUGGGCUAACCCCCAGGCUGUCAGACGUUAGGGCCAGGGACCUCUGGUUCCUUUUGGCGAAAAGAGAAUGUUUGGGUUGGGGAAUAUAAGGAGGCUGCCUUAAACUGAGUCAGACCAUUGGUCCAUCUUGUCUUAACUGACUAGAGCGGGUUUCCUGCAGGGGACAUUCCCAACCUGCAGAUGGCCAGGGGUUGAACCCGGGACCUUCUGCUUAAUGCCUUCUGCUUAAUGCUGAGCUUAAUGCUGGAUUAAUCUGAAGAGAGUUGUCAAAAAUCAGAAAACAUAUGGAGAAUGGAAAAUAUUUAAGGAAUAUAUAAGACUAUAUUGUAAAAAUGACACCAUCUUAGCAGAACUUGAAUGAUACUUGUAAACAAAAAUAAAUGAAACAAAUACUCUAGUGGAAUGUAUGAAAAAGGGUAUAAAGUAAAGCUGUGCGAUAAAACCAUGGCAACAGAAACAGUAUAAGAGAACGAUUGGAAGUUUUAUGCAGAAACUUUUAUUUGAUAGACAGGAUUUUGUAUAAAUUUUUGGUUCUUUUUCUUUUCUUUUCUUCUUUGUCUUUUUAAUUUUUUUCUUACUUUUAUGUCUUGAUGUUGUUGUUUUUUCGUAUUUAACUUUUCUAUACUUACCUUCGUUGUACGUUUGUAUUUUAAACCAAUAAAGAUUUACUUUUUUAAAAAAAGAAAAAGAAGAAGAGAUAUGUCAAGGGUUCAAGCUUGCCCCUUCACCCACUGACUGCACCCUCAUCACAGAUGUGUGGCUGAGCUUUCUCAGGAGCAGCUGCAAAAUGCACCUGCUCUUAAAACAUUCUUUUCUUUAGCAGGGUGCUUCAUAGGCAAAUCAGUGCCAGUAAACGGCUGCCAAAUCUGCAAGAGGUGUGGUUUGAAUUUCCGCUGCUUGUCCAUCUUAGUGACAGCAGAAUCAAGUUCGGUUGCUGGUGUCAGAUUCAGUGGUGCCACUAAGGGAUUUGAGAACUCCCACCAUUCAUUUAAAUCACUACAAUGCCACUUUAAAUAGUUUGUGGCUCCCCCCCAAAGAAUUCUGGGAGCUGUAGUUUGCUACAGGUGCUGUUAGGAGAUCACUACAGUGGUACCUGAGGUUAAGUACUUAAUUCGUUCUGGGGGUCCGUUCUUAAUCUGAAACUGUUCUUAACCUGAAGCACCACUUUGGCUAAUGGGGCCUCCUGCUGCUGCUGUGCCGUCGGAGCACGAUUUCUGUUCUCAUCCUGAAGCAAAGUUCUUAACCUGAAGCACUAUUUUUGGGUUAGUGGAGUCUGUAACCUGAAGCGUAUGUAACCUGAAGCGUAUGUAACCCGAGGUACCACUGUAUUUCUCUCCCAGAGAAGCUACUAUUUUCAGAGUGGUUUAACAGCCAGUCCCUCUUCCCAGAGAACUCUGGGAAUUGUAAUUCUGUGAGGUGACCACACAACCUCAUGGGGGAGGGGAGGCUCCCACUGUGAUUGCAAAGAUCAGGGCUGCCCUUCAGAUGCUGUGGGACUCCAGCCAGUUCCCAGCAUCCUUGACCAUUGAGCAUGAUGGCUGCCAGGGUCACUGAAUUUCCCCACCUAGAGAGAGAGAGAGGAGUACACAUCAUUUCCGCUUUUUCUGCUAUGCCCUGACUUUGUUUACUCUGCAUGAGCUUCUAUCCUGCUGAUUUGGGAGCAGAAGAGUGGAGUGUUUAACUCCAACACAGAAAUGCUAUACUAGAUAUACAGCAGGGAGUGGGGAAAGAGAAACAGCCCAUAAUUGUCCUGUUAUUAUAAACAUGUCAACGCAUUUGUCAACAACGCUUCAAAAUGGAACGUCGGCUCCAGGGCAUUGCAAGUGCAGCAUGUGCACGACUUUGGUUUCGGAGCGCUUUCGCUUGUGAGUUCAGGGAGGGGCCGUAGCUAAGCAGCUGUGCGCAUGUUCUGCAUGCAGAAUAUCUCAGAUUCUGAGCGAAGGGAAGGGCCACCCUUCCUAAAUGGUACCCUGGAGCACAGGACAAGUUGCUAAGUACCCACGUGGCUUCAAACCAGAAGGUCUGGCCCUCCAGGCCUCUCUGUUUGGCCCUUGUAAUUCUCCCUGGCCACGCCUCCUCUUCCCUGGCCACACCUCUCACUGUCCCUGCUUUGCACUCUGAGUGUUUUUGCCUAGAGCUGCAGAAGGAGUCCACAAACUCUAACAAUACCUCCUGCAUCUCUGGAUGGAGGCUGCAGAGCUGGGGGUGUGAACAUGUGUAGAAACUAGCCUAUUGCACAAAGGCAAACAUUGCACCUCUUUUAGCCCUGGCCCUGCCCACCAUUGGCAUGUGGGCCUCAGAAGGCACCCCACCCCUGCCUUAGUGGGAGGGGCUGUUGGCUGGGCGGCUGCUUUGCAUGCAGAAGGCCUCAGGUUCAAUCCCUGACAGCUAAAGUAUUAGAGACCAAGUCUUAAGAGUAGCUGGAGAGUAGCUGGCAGUCAGAGAAGGCUGUCCUGUUGCAUGCUGAUAACCCCUGCCUGAGGCAAAAUGGAACUAGUGAUUUAUUAGAGACAUGCCCCAGAAAACCAAGUGCAUCCAUAGGUGUCGAAGGAGCCUGUGCUCCAGUAGAGCACUCUGCUGGUGGUAUAUUCCGAUGUGAGCCUUGAAGACUACAGGCAGGUGACAUAAAUAGCUCUCCUUAUAGGAUUACCCCAGACAAGGCAACAUUCUGGGACUGGGCUAUAAGCUGGCACACAUCACGGUACUACGUUUCACCUAAGACUGUGCAGCUGACACAAGUGAGAUAUGUAGCAAGAAGUGGAAAGUCACGUAGGACUCGUGGCUGCAAAUUUCUUCUGAGAAGUUGGAAUGUUCAUGAACGUUCCUUGACCCCCUCAGACACUGAGCCAGUAGUCUGGUUUCUAAAUACUAAUAGUCAUUAGCAAUGCGGAUCUAUCUGUCUAUCUAUCAUCAUCAUCUAUCUCUAUCAUCUAUUCUAUCUAUCAUCUAUAUCUAUCUAUCUAUCAUCUAUCAUCUAUCUAUCUAUCUAUCUAUCUAUCUAAUCUAUCAAUCAGCCUGUAUUUAUCUCAGAUUUGUAUAUAUGUGGUAAAGCAGACUGCAACUUUUAAAGCAGAUAUGUAGGGCACGAUCCUUUCCCAGUUAAGCACUUCCAAGGCCAAUUUAUUUUGGAGCAGGUGAGACUUAUGCAAGUGUCUAAACCACUGCCAUCCCAUUCAGAUCAACGGGACUAGCUCCACCUUUUUUGCCGUCUGCUCUCCUAGCUCCACCCACCUGUGAAAAACCACCCCAUCCUCAUAAUCUCCAUCCAUUAUCAGCGGUUGGCCUCCCCGCCCCACAUCCACCCACUGAUGCAUUGCAAAGCCUUGAAGCCACUGACAGAGGAGCUGCGCUGUUCUGUCACUUUCAAAAGGAGAUUAUGCUCCUUUCUUAAACCGACUGACCUGCUGGUCUCCUAAUCCCAACCUGGAGGGGCUGCCCAGCCUGUUUUCUUUCUCAAAGGGGUGGGGAGACAGCCGUAGGAAGGAGCCAUGAAGACCAAGCUAGUAAUCAGGUGAGUUUGGAUGCAUCGUGUAGAUGUGGGUUUAAAUCCCGCCAUGGCCAAUUGCUGUUUUUGUGAGGAGUGGCAGAACAUUUUCUUUGCAUGCAGGAAGUCCCAGGUUCAAUCUCUGGAUAACUUUCCCCCACACAUCCCUCCUCGGUAAUGACUCUCCUUACCUGGGCACUGCUGAGAGUCCAGCAUGUCCCAGACAUGCACAUAGUCUAUACUAAAAACCAGGCUUUUGGGGUUUCAGCUCCAGCCCUCUAGAAUCAGUUACUGGGUAAAAUUAGACAGAAAUCCAGUAUAAUGAUAUUUAGGUGCCAACAGAAGAUGCUUUUUCUUUAAGAAGGCUUUCCCUGAAGUGAAACAACCCCUAGGAAUGGUUCUAUUUGUGUUUGUAGGAAUGGUUUUAGUUGUUUUUAUAAUUCGUUUCCUUUCUCUUUGUGUGUUUUAUUUUUGUGCAUCACUUCAAUGGCCACCGUGAAGCGGUUUACAAAUUUGUGAGAUAAAGAAAAUCCUCAGAUAGGGCUGGGGAAAGGUAAAAAAAGGGUAAAGGACCCCUGGAUGGUUAAGUCCAGUCAAAGGUGACUAUGGGGUUGGGGCACUCAUCUUGCUUUCAGGCCGAGGGAGCUGGCGUUUGACCACAGACAGCUUUCCGGGUUAUGAGGCCAGCAUGACUAAACUGCUUCUGGCGCAACGGAACACUGUGACGGAAACCAGAGCGCACAGAAACACUGUUUACCUUCCCACCGCAUUGGUACCUAUUUAUCUACUUGCACUGGCGUGCUUUUGAACUGCUAGGUUGGCAGAAGCUGGGACAGAGCAACGGGAGCUCAACCCGUCGUGGGGAUUAGAACCGCCGACCUUCUGAUCAGCAAGCCCAAGAGGCUCAGUGGUUUAGACCACAGCGCCACCCUACUGCUGGGAAAACACCCCUGUCUGAAUCCUUGGGAGCCUCUGGAAGUCAGUGUUGAGCAAUACUGAGCCAGAUCGAAAUCAGGAUUGAAAUCUUGUUGGCCAGCCAAAUGAUGGUUAUAGCCAAGACAACAAGCAAGCAAAUAGAUUUAAGCAAGCAAGCAAAGAAAGUCAGAACAGCAUGGACCAAUGGUCUGACUCUGUGCAAUAGACUCCUCCUGUGAUAGGGGAAGGGUCCCAGAACAGUGGUAGAGCAUCUGCUUUGCACAGGUUCUGGGUUCAGUCUCCAAUGGCAUCUCCGGGUAUGGGAAUGGCUCCUUGCUUGAAAUCCUAAUGAGGCGCUGCCAUUCAUUCCGUGUGCUAGAUGGGUCAAUGGCAUGACUCAAUAGAAGGCAGCUUCAGAAGACAGGUGAAAGCCAGGUAGAAGCUGGCAGAGGCACCUGUCUGAAACUGCAGUCCGUGUGAACAGGACUGGGCCAGUUGAGCCAAUGGUCUCCUCCUAUGUCCCUCUUUAAUUAAGUCUUUUUUCAAAGAAGAAGAAGCAUAAGGACUAGAAUCCUAAUGUUUGUUUAGGGGAAGUGUUGUAGCUCAGUAGCAAAGCCUCUGAUUUGCAGGUAGGAGAUGCCAAAUUCAGUCCCUGGCAUCUCUGGGUAGGACUGGGAGGAAUUCCUGCCUGAAAUGCUGGAGGGAUGCUAUCAGUCAUUGUAGACCAUAGGUAGGCAAAUUGAGGCCCGGGGUCCGGGACCAGGUCCGGCCCAAUCGCCUUCUAAAUCCGGCCCGCAGAUGGUUUGGGAAUCAGCGUGUUUUUGCAUAAUGUGCCCUUUUAUUGAAAAUGCAUCUCUGGGUUAUUUGUGGGGCAUAGGAAUUCAUUCAUUCCCCCCCAAUAUAGUCUGGGCCCCCACAAGGUCUGAGGGACAGUGGACCGGCCCCCUACUGAAAAAGUUUGCUGACCCCUGGCACUGUAGACAAUGCUGAGCUAGAGAAACCUCUAAUUAAGGCAGCCUUCUGCGUUCCUGUCAUGUUGACAAGGUCUGUCACUGAACAGUCUUCAUCCAAAUGUUUAUUUGCCUCCUCCCACUUCCCUCGCAAGUUUAUCACAGCAGGGACAUCCCUCUGGAUUAACCUUCAUGCGGUAAUUCUAGAGCACUAAAAUUGGUCCCCUGAGGAGUUAGCAGUUAUCCCCCCCUCCCCCCGAAUUAUUGAAAUAUCAGCUGAGCCAUGCGCUCACCAAGCGACCAUAGGUAACCCUACGCCCCCUCUGACUCAUCUGCCACCCACCUUUAAUAAUACACUCCUCUGAUAAGAUCGGUCUCUAUGUGUUACUGAUGAUCUGUUAUAUGGAGCGCUUUGAUUUCUUCAAUCCUUGGACUGCACAAUGUAGUUGUCUGUGCAGGAAAUACUGUCGGCGAUCAGAAAUGAGUCCUGUAAUGAAAUGUCACCAGGAAGGGUUGUAGCUCACAGGGGGAGAGCAUGUGCUUUUGUGUGCAGAAGGUUCCGGGUUCAAUCCCCAAUGUCUUCUCUAGGUAGGGCUGGGAGAGUUUUCUGCCUGAAAUCCUGGGAGGCUUCUGCCUGUCAGUGUGGAAACAAAUGGUUCCCAAACUUCUUCUUUUUUACCUCAUGCGGGGCUCAAGACAGUAUCAUCUAUACUUCAAGUUCAAACCAUCAGUUGAUUGAGAUCUCUUGUUAAAAAAAGAAAGAAAGACAUAUUUCCCCCCUUGGCCCAUAAGAUUGGACCCUAUUAUUGUUUAUUUUCCAUUCUUUUGCACUAGUGUUUUACUGUCUUAUGUUAGUUUUUAUUAAUCAGUUUGUUUGAAUGAUAUUAUUUAUUACUUUUAUGUUGCUAUUUUAUCUUGAUAUUUUGAACAUUUCAAGUGGAUGUUUUUGAAAAUUUCAAGUGGAUAUUUGUGCAAUUUUCAAGCAGAUAUUUGUGAAAAUUUCAAGUGGUUUAAAUAAAUGAAAGCAAGAAAAGUAUGCCUCCCCCUUCAGAAUUUUUGUUUUAUUCAUUUGCAAAUAUAUGUAUUUUUAAUUGAUUGCUUAAUCGGCUAAAACCCAUGCUGCCAAUCAGCUUUCUUUCGUUUUAGAAUGUUUUUAAUUGUUUUUUAAAUAUUAUGAAUUGUUUUUAGAAUGAUUUUUAUUUUAUUGCUGAUCUGUUUGCAAACCUAGACUCCUUUGGGGAGGGAGGGCAUGAUAACAAUAGUGUCAGAUGGCAGGGGUGGUUGCUGACGAGUAACCAGGCAGGACUCUGACCUGUCUUUUACAGGUUUUAUUUGGUGCAAAAACUAUUUACAGUGCAGAACCCCAAAGUUCAUGUCUGCCUCAAUCGCUAACAGAAUCCGGGAGUGGCUUUUCCUGGUUGUGUCCCCAACAUAAGAACUUCGUCACCCCCAGCCUUUUUCUUCCUUCUUUGCACUUUACCCCUCUGCGCAAGGUGGGCAACGGAAGAGACGUGUUCCCCUCCUGGCCGGCUUGACCAGGAGUGGUGCUGGGACUCACAGCAGCAUCCGCUGAUCCCUUUCCCUCUUCCCCACUGGAGGCGUGGCUUUCUCCACCGCAGGAAGAGAAACUGCUUUGCAAGACUUUCGUAGGAUCCCUGUAUCCCAACGGCCCCUCUACCUCUCUUCCCUGUUCCGAUGGCAGUUCCCUGACAAAUAGCAAUAGCAAUAACAACACUAAUACAGUGGUACCUCGGGUUAAGUACUUAAUUCGUUCCGGAGGUCCGUUCUUAACCUGAAACUGUUCGUCACCUGAAGCACCACUUUAGCUAAUGAGGCCUCCUGCUGCCGCCGUGCCGCCAGAGCAUGAUUUCUGUUCUCAUCCUGAAGCAAAGUUCUUAACCCGAGUGUCAGGGCUGCCUCAAGUCUCAGCUCACAAAAGACCAACGCCUAUCUCUUCUUAUAUACAAAAGUGUUUAUUGCAGUUCAUUGUUUGCUUCACAUCCGAGGCGCGCAGCCCUACGUCUGCUACGCUUAGACCGCUGAAGUCCCCUCUGAAUCCGUCCCUCCCCUGCACCAGUUUAAGAGGCUUGCGCUGCUCCACCUUUUUCUCUCUUUCCUUUUCCGCAGGGUCUUUCUGCCCGCUGGGGUUUCGCCCCUCCUGGAUUCCUCUGACGCGGAAUACCCAGACUGCUCUUGCCCCCUCCUGCGGGCUUUGGGACCUGGCCCCUCCUCCGGGCUCCCUGUACUUCCGCGCGCCUCUACAUUUGAACUUGGCGCGCGCGCCCAACCUCUAACCUUCCUUUUAACAGCUACACUACUCCCUUCACUACUUCCGGGAGGGUGGCUUGCUCCGACCUCCCUCCCUUCUCUGCUGCCGGAGCCGCUUCCCCUGAUACACUGAAACCUCCACCCCCUUCGCUGCACUCUGGCGGGGAGGCUGGUCCUGACGCCCAGCUGCCACUUUGGGAUCCCCCGCUGGCCCCCUGCUCCUGACACUUCCCUCCUGGGGCUCCCCUGGCCUUGACCACCGGCGCCCCCUUCUGGGAAUCCUCUGAUUCGCUGGAAAGACUCAUGGAAUCUCUUGAGUCAUUGUCAUCCUCUUCCUCGCUGUCCUGGGAUUCAUCCCCAUCGCUCUCCAUCUCCUGCCUACCCUGUGCCUCUAUCCCUGAACCCCUGACACCGAGGUACUAUUUCUGGGUUAGCGGAGUCUGUAACCUGAAGUGAAUGUAACCUGAAGCGUAUGUAACCCGAGGUACCACUGUAAUAGAGUUCAGUGUGGCACACUGCAACAUAAAGCUAUCAAGCUAUCUGAAAGACUGUAUUCCUUCAUACAAACCUUAGAUCUUCAGAACAAGUGGAGACCUUCUUAUUCCUACAUGCUUUUGUGAAUGAGCUGCUUUUAAUGAAAGGGCUGGUGCUGUGCUGUUUUUAUUGUAAUGAUUUGUAUAUUUUAAUAGAUCUGAGGAAGAAAAAGAGAGAGAGUUGUAAUUCUAUUAAUGUUUAAUUUUUUUUUUAAUGCUUUAUCUCCUCCUAUGUUUUUAGCUGUUCCUAUUUUAUCUGUCUCGAUAAAAUAGGGAAAAUAUACGGGAUAGAAAUAAAACAACAACCAUAAUAUUAAUAAGUGGCCAUAGGAUUGCAGCCCUGUGUUUCUUAAUGGAACUGCAUCCCUGAUAAUGAUGCAAACUUAGAAUCACAGAACUGAACUGAAAUGGCGAAAAUAACCGGAAAAAUCAGGAAACCAAGAAGAUAGAAACUUUAAUAAGGAAUUGGGGGGGGGGGAUUUAUAAGUUGUUUACGAGAACACUGCAAACAACUAAAAACUUUGGCAGGAUGAUAGCAACACUUGCAAUGUAUAAAAAACUAAAGUAAAAAUGGAUUUUAAAGAAAAAUGGAGAAGUUAUAUGAUGCAGUAGAAAAAGUUUGAUAAUGCAAACCGUGGAAGGAUGGAGGGAAGUCUAAGGAUUCAGGGAAUCCUAUAUGUUUAGGAUUAUGAUUAUUGUUUGAAUUCAAAUGCAUGUUGUAAAUAAAUAAAUAAAUAAUAAAAAAUAGAAUAAUAAAACUGAAAAGUUGGAAAGGACCCAAAGGGUCAACUAGUCCAAACCCCUGCAGUGCAGGAAUGUAAGUAGAUGUUAAGUAGAUACUGUAUUUUUUGCUCUAUAAGACUCACUUUUUCCCUCCUAAAAAGUAAGGGGAAAUGUGUGUGCAUCUUAUGGAGUGAAUGCAGGCUGCGCAGCUAUCCCAGAAGCCAGAACAGCAAGAGGGAUUGCUACUUUCACUGCGCAGCGAUCCCUUUUGCUGUUCUGACUUCUGAGAUUCAGAAUAUUUUUUUUUUCUUGUUUUCCUCCUCCAAAAACUAGGUGUGCCUUGUGGUCUGGUGCGUCUUAUAGAGUGAAAAAUACGGUACUUAUUUGCCUGCAGUUGCUGUUUAUGAGAAGUCUGUGUCGGCAUGCAGAGGGCCGGGAGGCCAGCUGGCUAGCCCCGGCUGGGCCGUCUCCUUCCAGCCAUCCCGCUGCAAAGACCAUUACUUCUGCUCCGACGUAAAUCAGCGACCUGGGCUUACUCAGCCAGGGCACACUAUCAGCAGAUCGAACUGUGCACACAGAAUAGGCGUGAGGCUUGUGGAAGGCUUGUACAACUACAGAUUUAUUAAUCAUAAAUCAGAACAAAGAAGCAUGUCGUCUCUCUCUCAUGCCAUCUCAGAGAGAACAGCCAAAAGCAAAAGCUAUACACAACGGAAGUUCCCAGCAAGCUGUGCUGGAAUGUAAACAGGCAUGUGACACACAACAAUUCCACACCUCUGCCCUUAAGGUGGAAUGGAAAUGUCAACAGUCUGAUCAUGCCCAUCCAUUCUCCUUUGUUUCUCUCUGCAGGGUUCCUGCCCUUCCAGUCAAGAACCUGAAUGGCACUGGCCCAGUGCACCCUGCCCUGGCAGGUAAGAGCAGCAGGGACGGUCCUCAGCCUACCUUGAGAUGUGGAAUUUUGGUGAAUGUUUUCAGUUUAUCGCUGGUUUUAAUCUUUUGAAGGUUGUAAAUCAGUGGCUCCCAAAGUGGAUGGUACCACACUCCCCUGGGGGGACAGUGGGAUUACCUGGGAGGUGCAAAGAGGCUUAGGGGGCGGCAGGGUGUGUGUCCUGGAGGCGUCAGUGACUAUCUGACCUUGAAGUGCUGGUAUCCCUGGAUCAAGUUCCUCAGAUUUGUUGAAUUAAUUCCACUAAAUGUUUUCAUUGGAAUUUGAAUGAAUGUGCCAUGCAUUGUUACUGUUCUGAAUUUUAUUUAGAAAUGGGAAGGCCUGGAAAAAACUAGAUUUCCCCCCGUUUCCCCCCAUUUUUCUCCAAAGCUGUUUUUUCCCAGAAAAAUUGAAAAAAAAAUUGAAUAUUACACACCCUUUUUUUUCAAUUUUUCCAGAAAAAAACAGCUUUGAAAAAAAAAAACAGAAAAAACCCUGGGUCCCCCCCUCCCCAUUUUCCUGAGUUUAUUCGAGGUCUUCCCAUCUCUAAUUUUAUUGUGUUGUUAUUUUCCUUAACGAGUCAUGAAAACCGCUAUCCUGAAGAAUGCUUUUUAUAUGGUAGGGGGCACUGGGGCCGGUGGUCUGAAAACAUUUGAGAACCACUGUUUUAAAUGGUGGUCUUUUACCGUUUUUAUUUAUGAUUUUAUGGUUCACUUCUUGCUCACACAGGUUUGAGGGGAAGAGGAGGUCUCCUAAUGACUUUCAGCACCCUUAACCCAACUACCGUUUCCAAGGUUCUCUGGGGGAGGCCAUGUUCUUUUCCAUGUGCUUUAUCUAUAGGGUGUGAAUGUGGCCUCUGAGGACUUAAAUCAACUUUGCUGGCAUCCAUGCUGCCUGGGGUUGAGGAGAGUUGUAGCCCAACCAUCUGGGGAGCACAAGAUGGCAGGAGGCUGGGAAAUCCACAGCCUCGCCCAUGAGUUCCUUCCCCAUUCAGCCUUGUUUCACCUUGUGCGCUCUAUAUCAUCUAUCUAUCUAUCUAUCUAUCUAUCUAUCUAUCUAUCUACUGUAUUGGCCUGAAUAUAAGCCGCACUUUCCCCCCAAAUUCUGACCGUGAAAAGUUAAAGUGUGGUUUAUAUUUGCGACCUUAUGGUAUGCAGCCAGGAGCAUGGGGCAAACAGCACCAGGAGCGUGGCGAAGUGGUGCCCGCCCCAUGCGUAGUCCCCCGACCUCUCCCCCAAGGCCAGGAAGGGCGAGAGUGAGGAAGGGGAAAGGCCGCCGGGAAUGCAGCUCGGCUCCCCCCUGUCCAGUAUGCAGCCAGGAGCAGUGAGGAAGGGAGCGGCUUAUAUUCGGGUAUUUUUUCCCUUUUUCCUUUUCACCCUCCAAUUUUAAAGCUGCGGCUUAUAAUCGGGCCAAUACGGUAUCUCUCUGUCUAUCUAUCUAUCAUCUAUCAUCUAUCUAUCUAUCUAUCUAUCUAUCUAUCUAUCUAUCUAUCUAUAUCUAUCUAUCUAUCUAUAUCUAUCUAUCUAUCUAUCUAUCUAUCUAUAUCUAUCAUCUAUCAUCUAUCAUCUAUCUAUCUAUCUAUCAUCUAUCAUCUAUCAUCUAUCUAUCAUCUAUCUAUCAUCUAUCUAUCUAUCUAUCUAUCUAUCUAUCUAUCUAUCAUCUAUCUAUCUAUCAUCUACCUACCUACCUCUGUUGUUCUUGUUGUUUGCCCUGAGCUUUCCCUUCGAAAACCUGCUCUUUACAGCUGAAUCAGAGCAAACGCCAAUUCAGCUUUCCCAUGAAUUGACAUUUGCUCCAAUUCAGCUUUUUCAUGGGAAAAGCUCCAGAGCAAAAAAUAUGGGGCUUUGAGAAAUGGAGUUUUAAAUUGUGGGCUAUGCCUGGAAAGAGCGAAUGAUAAGACUUCUCUCCCUCCCUCUCUCUCUCUCUCUCUCUCUCUCUCUCUCCUUGUCUGUAUCUGGCCCAGGGAUGACAGGCAUCUUGAUGUGUGCGGCGGGCCUGCCGGUCUGCCUCACUCGAGCUCCAAAGCCCAUCCUGCACCCACCACCUGUCAAUAAGAGUGACAUGAAGCCGGUGCCUGGAAUCACUGGGAUCUGCCGGAAGACCAAGAAGAAACAUCUGAAAAAAAGUGAGCGUGUUUCUUUGUGUCUCUCAAUGAGGCCCUUGCCCCAUAUCUGACUGAUACCACAGAUACCUAAAUUCAGGGCCAGGGUCAGUAUCCAACAUUUGUGGCCAAGCCCCAAGCCUGUGGGUCUGCGUGACGCUUGCCAUUGUAAAGGUCUGGUUUGCACAUAAUGCUAAACUGUGGUUUGUUGAAGCACACAUCUCACAGGUGACCAGACAAACCAUGGCUUGUUUCUCCCAAGUUUGGUUUGUUCUCCAGCUGCUCUUGCCUUGUAGUUCGGUGAGUGCCUGGAGUGAGAUGACCAAACAAACCAUGGUUAAGUAAGGGUGCCGGGUUUCUACUCACAGCUGUCCAUGGAGGCGCAGGUCAAUUUUGUGUCCAGGGCAGCUGUCUACCAGCUCCAUCUGGUACACAGACUGAAAUCCUAUCUGCCCGUGGACUGUCUUGGCAGAGUAGUGCAUGCUGUAGUUAUCUCCCACUUGGACUACUGCAAUGCGCUCUACGUGGGGGCUACCUUGGAAGGUGACCCAGAAACUGCAACUAAUCCAGAAUGCGGCAGCUAGACUGGUGACCGGGAGUGGCUGCCAAGACCAUAUAACACCAGUCCUGAAAGACCUUCAUUGGCUCCCAGUACGUUUUUGAGCACAAUUCAAAGUGUUGGUGCCGACCUUUAAAGCCCUAAAUGGCCUCGGCCCUGUAUAUCUGAAGGAGCGUCUCCACCCCCAUCGUUCUGCCCAGACACUGAGGUCUAGCUCCAAGGGCCUUCUGAAGGUUCCCUCCCUGCGAGAAGUGAAGCUACAGGGAACCAGGCAGAGGGCCUUCUCAGUAGUGGCACCACUCUGUGGAACGCCCUCCUAUCAGAUAUCAAGGAAAUAAACAACUAUCUGAGUUUUAGAAGACAACUGAAGGCAGCCCUGUUUAGGGAAGUUUUUAAAUGUUUGAUGUUUUAUUGUGUUUUUAAUAUCCUGUUGGAAGCCGCUCAGAGUGGCUGGGGAGGCCCGGCCAGAUGGGUGGGGUAAAAGUAAUAAAUUAUUAUUAUUAUUAUUAUUAUUAUUAUUAUUAACAUCAUCAUUAUUAUCAUCAUUAUUAUCAUUGUUGUUGUUAUUCUUGUUGUUGUUGUUGUUGUUACUACACAGAAUGCUAAGCCAUGGUUAAAGCAAACCAGGGUUUGUAAGCCCCCCAAGACUUCACAUCAUGGUUUAUUAGGGCAGGAAAUACUUCAUAGUUAAGGUGCUGACCAAAUUUCGCACGUAUUGCUAAAUGCCAAGCCGACAUAGGUGAACCUACAUCGCAGGGGUGUGGUGAGGAUAAAACAGGGGAGGGGGGACCCAUGCAUGCCAACUUGAGCUCUUUGAAGGGGAGAGAAAUGUAAUAUCAUUUUUUCUUAUAAGAAAGGAAGGCUAUAUAAUAGAGAAUGAUCUAGUUCCAGUGCUCUUUUAUUCUGUACAGGCAAGAACCCUGAAGAUGUAGUGAGACGUUACAUCCAGAAGGUGAAGAACCCCCCAGAUGAGGUGAGCUGGCUGCUAAUCUACUAAUCUACUUCAUGGGGGAUCCAGUUAUGUGACACUAAAUUCCUUAGAAGUAUACAAAAUGUAAGAAUAAAUACCCUGGGCAAAGGGCAAGCUAAGAUCCCAGAGAGAAGCCUGUGUAAGAAUUCUUUCCCCGAUCCAAGUGGUGAGGGGUCUGGAAGCCAAAUUAUAUUAAGAAAUGGCCGGAAGAUCUGGGUGUGUUUGACCUGGAAAAAGAGGUGACUAAGGGGUGACAUGGAAACUGUCUUGAGAUAGCUGAAGCAGUGGUGUAGCGUGGGUUGCCAGCACCCGGGGCCAUGUGGAGGGAUGGGUGAGUGAGAGGGAAAUGGAUGAAGUACGCAUUCAACUCCCUAAUAGCAUACGCAUCACCCAGGAGAUCACAGCCACAGAGAUAAGAAGAGUUAUUCUGUUGUCUGGAGAGGCGGCUUCCUGGUUCGCAUGGAGAAGUCAUUUUCAAAGGAGCUCAAUGACAGAAGAGCACAGCCUUGUUGAGGCAGCACCGGGUGUUGAAAUUUUGCACCCCUCACAAUUUUUGCAAAUGGGGCAACCGCCCCUGUGCCCCUUGCCCAAAUGCUACACCACUGAGCUGAAGGGUUUGUCAUGCAGAAGAUGGAGCACACGAGCUCCAGAGGGGCAGGAUUGGAACAAAUGGGUGGAAAAGGCAAGGAAAGCAGAUUUCAGUGAAACAUUAGUGACUGUGAAACAGAGGUGUCGGGUGCCCCUUCCCUGGAAGUAUUCAUGCUGAAGCUGUGCCUGCAAAAAUAAGGAGCAGAAAGAGAGGGGGUCCCCUGGCCUCUUUCAAAAUUGAAGACAGCCCUAGAACCCGUUUUAUCCCCUGUGUUUACCACUCACCAGUGUUUGAAACUCCCACUGUUCUGGGUGCAUUUUGCGACAGGGAAUUUCAUUAGGGCGAGCAGUUUCUGAGCUCUGGGCGCAAUACUGUGCCUAAGAUUUCAGAUUAAAACUGCCGAGUGAAAGGAAAGGAGGACCUUUUUCUGCCUCCCCACUUCCAGCUACUCUCUGAAGUCUGGAGAAGAGACCCUCUUAAGAAUAUUAGGGGAGUAGGCAAGGGAAAGACUAGACCAUGUGAAGAAUGAACAUAAUAUUUUAGCUGUAGUCCAUUCAUUUUCAGCGUUGUAUUUUUGUUAUUAAAAAAGCAUGCCUAGACAUUCUGUUGCUGCUCCCAUAACCUAGGUUUAAGGUACCAUUUAGCUCCUAGCUUUCACAUCUCAGUUUCUAACACUGCCCCUCAUGUCCCCAAUUUGUCUCUCUCCAACAGGACUGUACCAUCUGCAUGGAGCGGCUGGUGUCCUCAUCGGGCUACGAGGGGAUCCUCAGGCACAAGGGGGCCAAACCGGAGCUGGUGGGGAAGCUGGGCAAAUGCGGGCACCUCUACCACCUCCUCUGCCUGGUUGCCAUGUACAACAAUGGCAAUAAGGUGAGAGACCAGAGGGCAAUGGGUGGUUGGGUGAAAGGCAUGGGAAUGGACUUCUCCCUCCCAACACACCUUUCUCUCGUUUUAAGCCACACAAUUUUCAAGGCCUGUUUUCUGCAAUAAAUAGUAAUACAGUGGUAUCUCGGGUGGCGCUGUGGGUUAAACCACAGAGCCUAGGACUUGCCGAUCAGAAGGUCGGCAGUUCGAAUCCCCGCGAUGGGGUGAGCUCCCGUUGCUCAGUCCCUGCUCCUGCCAACCUAGCAGUUCAAAAGCACCUCAAAGUUCAAGUAGAUAAAUAGGUACUGCUCCGGCGGGAAGGUAAACGGUGCUUCCGUGCCCUGCUCUGGUUCGCCAGAAGCGGCUUAGUCAUGCUGGCCACAUGACCCGGAAGCUGUACGCCGGCUCCCUCUGCCAAUAAAGCGAGAUGAGCGCCGCAACCCCAGAGUCAGUCACAACUGGACCUAAUGGUCAGGGGUCCCUUUACCUUUACCUCAGGUUACAUACACUUCAGGUUACAGACUCCACUAACCCAGAAAUAGUACCUCGGGUUAAGAACUUUGCUUCAGGAUGAGAACAGAAAUUGUGCUCCGGCGGCACGGUGGCAGCAGGAAGCCCCAUUAGCUAAAGUGGUGCUUCAGGUUAAGAACAGUUUCAGGUUAAGAACGGACCUCCGGAACGAAUUAAGUACUUAACGCGAGGUACCACUGUACAGUCAUACCUCGGAAGUCGAACGGAAUCCGUUCCAGAAGCCCAUCCGACUUCCAAAACAUUCGGAAACCAAAGCGCGGCUUCCGAUUGGCUGAAGGAAGCUCCUGCAGCCAAUCAGAAGCCACGGAAGCCCCACUGGAUGUUUGGAUUCCAAAGAAUGUUCACAAACCGGAAUACUCACUUCUGGGUUUGUGGCGUUCGGGAGCCAAAAUGUCCGAUUACCAAGGCGUUCAGAAUCCAAGGUACGACUGUAAAUAAAUUAGGGUAGGGUUGCCACCUUUGGUCAGGCAAAAUAUGGGACAAGUUGGUGGGGGAACUGAGGGGGCUAACAAUUACUUUACUUGGUGCAAAAAUGACAAUGGCUUGUUUCCAAUGCUGGUCAUACUCAGAGUAGACCCAAUGAGAUGUAUGGAUCUAAGUUAGCAAUGCGGGACGCGGGUGGCGCUGUGGAUUAAACCACUGAGCCUAGGACUUGCCGAUCAGAAGGUUGGCGGUUCGAAUCCCCGCGACGGGGUGAGCUCCUGUUGCUCAGUCCCAGCUCCUGCCAACCUAGCAGUUCAAAAGCACGUCAAAGUGCAAGUAGAUAAAUAGGUACCACUCUGGCGAGAAGGUAAACGGCGUUUCCGUGUGCUGCUCUGGUUUGCCAGAAGCAGCUUAGUCAUGCUGGCCACAUGACCUGGAAGCAGUACGCCGGCUCCCUAGGCCAAUAAAGCGAGAUGGGCGCCGCAACCCCAGAGUCAGUCACAACUGGACCUAAUGGUCAGGGGUCCCUUUACCUUUACUUUAGUUAGCAAUGCACAUUAAUUUCAAUGACUCACAUCCUCCCCACCUGCUGAAUUUCUGCCUAUCAAAAGAAUGGUAAAUGUUUUAAACACCUUGAGUUCCAUGGCUAAAAAGCAACCUGAAGAAUGAGCUUCUUCUACAUCUGCCUGUUCCUCUUUCUCCUCCCACCCUGUCUUCCUUUUGCCUGGCAGGAUGGCAGUCUGCAAUGCCCCACUUGCAAGGCCAUCUAUGGGGAGAAGACCGGGACUCAGCCCCCUGGGAAGAUGGAGUUCCACAUUAUUCCACACUCGCUCCCUGGCUACGUAGACUGCAAAACCAUCCGCAUCGUGUAUGACAUUCCUGCAGGGAUCCAGGUGAGAGGGAUGGGGAAGAGAGAAAGAGAAAGGGAGACGAAAGGGUUGUGGUUGUUGGUUCCUAUUUAUCUACAGUGGUACCUUGGAUUACAGACACUUCAGGUUACAUACUCCACUAACCCAGAAAUAGUACCUUGGGUUAAGAACUUUGCUUCAGGAUGAGAACAGAAAUCACGUGGCGGUGGCGCAGCAGCAGCAGGAGGUCCCAUUAGUUAAGUGGUACCUCAGGUUAAGAACAGUUUCAGGUUAAGAACAGUUUCAGGUUAAGAACGGACCUCCAGAACGAAUUAAGUUCUUAACCCGAGGUACCACUGUACUUACUUAUUUCAUUAAAUUUAUAUGCUGCUUGAUUUUUUUUUAACCCAACAACCCCAAAGCAGUUUACAGAAAAGAUAAAACAUAAAAACUAUCAAUGACAAUAAUUUAAGACGUUUGAAAAGUUAAAAUAACAAUAGACUAAAAGCAGACAGAAACUCACAUGAACUUUCUAAACAUCAGGGCAGGCUUGUCUACACAAAAAAUGUUUUUAGGAGGUGCUGAUAAAAGUACAGUGGAUGCACCUGCCUGAUAUCAAGAGGCAGGGAGUUCCAAAGUGUACAUAGGUGCUGCCACACUAAAAUACCAAGUUCUUACAAAUGCCAAACAGGUACUAUGUAACGGUGGUACUUCCGCUGAUUGAAGCAGUCGAGUAAGCAUAUAUGGAGUGAGGCAAUUUUGCAGGUAAACUGGUCCCAAGUUGUUAAGUGCUUUAUAUACUAAGAGGUACACUUUGAGCUUGACCCAGUAGCAAAUUGGCAGAUCGCUGUGUUGAUAGCAAUUGUGCUGCAGCAUUCUGCACUAAUUGUAGCUUCGGCCCUCCACAUGUUUUGGGACUACAAUUCCCAUCAUCCCUAACUAAGAGGACCAGUGGUCAAGAAUGAUGGGAGUUGUAGUCCCAAAAACAUCUGGAGGGCCGAGUUUGCCUAUGCCUGUUCCAGAUCAAAUGCAAGGGAAGCUCCACAUAGAGUGCAUUGCAGUAAUCCAGUGUUUGAUUUAUGAGUUGCAAAAUACCAAAUCUUGCUAGGCAACACACACACACCGUAUUGGCCCGAAUAUAAGCCGCACCCGAAUAUAAGCCACACCUUUAAAAUUCAAGGGGGGGGAGACAAUACCCGAAUAUAAGCUGCUCCCUUAAAAUUCCACAGGCAUUCACACCCGUUCUGUUUUACAGUAUGUCUGUUUAAGCAGCGAUAUCGUAAAAGCCCAUUUUUGUAAGGUCGCCAAUUUAAGCCGCACUUUAACUUUCAACAGUCGGAAUUGGGGGGGCGGGGAGUGCAGCUUAUAUUUGGGCCAAUACGGUAUAAUUAAUGAACUUUUCACAAUAUACCCAGGGGCAAGAAAACCAUGUUUCCCUUGCCCCAUGACCUUUGCUGGCGCAACAUGUAACUGAGACCUCUUGCUUCACCAGGGCCCGGAGCAUCCAAAUCCUGGGAAGAAGUUUACUGCAAGAGGCUUCCCUCGCCACUGCUACCUUCCUGACAACGAGAAAGGCAGAAAGGUAGGCAGCUGAAUUUCCCAUGGGCUCUGGGAGGGGCCUUCAGUACAGAGGAGAACAUUUCCAAGCUUCCCCUCGAAAUCCAACUUAGCCGAGCGCUGAGUUUCUGGCAUUUUGCUUCUUCAAGACCCCUUUGGGGCCAAAGCCCAAAAACCUGCCUCUGCUUUUCAAAGCCCAUUUCUGAAGCCAUGAGGACUAGAUGCUUGCCCAUUUUGUUUUAAAAGGUCAGGAUCCUCAGGGUACCUUGUUUCGAAACCAGCUGAGUCAUAGAUCUUUGUUCCAAAGCCAUGCUCUUAGGACAGCAGCAAUGGCAGGAAAUGGCCGAAAAGGCACUGGUAUGCAGGUCCCCCAAUCCAGCUGGUACAUAAAGGUGGCGGAAAGGAUGCCUGCAACUUCGAGUGAUGCUUUUAGUGUCAGGCAAUAGUUUGGCCUUGAGCUAGCUGCACAGAUCAUUUUCUGGGUGGGCCACCUCUUGUUUUCAAAUGGGGUCUUUAUUCCUUGCCUGUGAAAUAGCGGUUGGGCACCUGCUUCGCAUUCAGAAUGUCCCAGGUUCAAUCCCUGGUAUCUCCAGGUAGGGCUGGGAGAAACUCCUGUCUGAAACCCUGGAGAGCCACUGUUGCUCAGAGUAGACAGUGCUGAGCUAGAUCUACCAAUGGCCUGACUCAGCGCUUUUCCCCCAGCCUCUGCCGUGUCAGGGUUGGGGUGUAUGCAAGGGAGAAAGAGAAGGGUCAUUGGUUCGGGAGCUGGUUCAUUCCGGGCUGGCUCAGUGCCAGGAGUUCUUGUUUGCGGGCUCCGGAAAAAGGUAUCAGAACUGCACUCAAAGCCCUGGUUUGACUCAGUUGAUUUAUUCGUUCAUUUAUUCCUGCAUCUUUUACUGUAAUCUGUCUAUUGUAUCAUCAUAGUAUCCUAAAUUCGUGUUACUUUACAAGUGUCAUCGUAUUCCUGCCAAUGAUUUCAACUGUUUACAAUGGUUUCUCAGAUACCGUACUUUUCCGUAUAUAAGACUAUGUUGUUUUUUUCUUCAAAAAUUCAUGCUAAAAACUGGGGGUUGUCUUUUACAUGGGUAGUGCAUAGGGUGGACGUUUGAUUAGCUGCUGGCGUGGCUGUCAGCUGCUAUUGUGCAUGUUAUUGGUUGCUGCAUCAAUGGGUGGUUGGCACAUUCUGCUGGCGAUGGGACAGACAGGAGGCAGAUUUUGCAACGUGUGUUGGUGAGAGAUUUUUGGCAAUUCCCCCUAAAAAAAGCUCAACAACCCUGGGUAAUCCCCCCCCCCCAAAAAAAAACAAAGCUCAACAUCUCUGGGCAAUUAUCCGCAAAAAAACCUCAACAGCUCUGGCCAAUCCUCUGCAAAAAAAAAAAAAAGCUCAACAGCUCUGUGCAAUCUCCCCCCUUUUUCUUAAAACUGGGUCCCCAAAAAUAGGGGGCGUCUUAUACAUGGGGCGUCUUAUAGACAGUAUGGUAUGUUAGAAAGUUACAGUAAUACCUCGGGUUAAAUAUGCUUCAGGUUGAGUGUUUUCAGGUUACGCUCCGUGGCAACCCAGAAGUAACGGAGUGCGUUACUUCCGGGUUUCGUCAUUCGUGCAUGCGCAGAUGCUCAAAAUGACGUCACAAGCAUGCGCGGAAGCGGCAAGACGCGGAGAUGUGCAGUCGCAUGUUACGUUCUACUCAGGAUGUGAACGGAACGGAUCCCGUCCGCAUCCAGAGGUACCACUGUAUUCCAGUCUUUUAACUUCCUGGUUUCCGAUCUUUCCCUUUAGUCUUGCUGUUUCUGCAUAUUCCAUCAGCUUGGUCUGCCAUGGUUUGGCUCAGUUUUAAGUAAGCCAGCUUCUUAUGUUGCAGGUCUUGAAACUCCUAAUUGUGGCCUGGGAACGCCGGCUGAUCUUCACCAUUGGGACAUCCAACACGACAGGCGAAUCCGACACAGUGGUGUGGAACGAGAUCCACCACAAGACCGAAUUUGGGUCCAACCUCACCGGCCACGGCUACCCCGACCCAAACUACCUGGACAACGUCCUGGCGGAACUGAUGGCCCAGGGGGUCUUGGAAGCCAACCUGAAGGACUGAAGAGGCAUCGCAGCUGCUCUUUCCCAACCACACUUUUGCCAUGGGCAUUGCGUGGAAGCACGAACACUGCCUGAGUCCGUCCGUCCGUCCGUCUGCGUGUGUGCGUGUGUGCGUGUCUCUGUUGAUCAGCUCUCAACCAGCAUAUCGGGAUAAGCCUGGUCUUCAAGACCUCUCAUGUUGCCGGUCUUCACCUCUUCAACCUGGGUCUUCAGUUUGGCUCUUCAGCCGGGUCUUCACUUCUUCUCAUGUUGUUGGUCUUCACUUCUCCAGCCAGAUCUUCAGCCUGGCCUUCACAUCUCAUGUUGCUUCUACUGCCUUGACUAUGGACGAUCUCCACACAGCGAUGCCAAACAUGGCUAAAGGAAACCAUGGGGCGUUCCUCUCCCUCCAGGACCAAGGACUGUCUAGAUCAUUCCUGAGUUUCCCCACUGGAGGAAGACCACCCAAAACUGCGCAAGUGAGCAACUGAAGCAAUCUGCUCUCCUUUUUUCUUUUAUAUAUGAUAUAUACAUACAUAACACAAACCCCUAUAUAUUCUUGGCAGUCUGCAAUAUUCCUCUUGUCCUGACUGUGUUUGCACAUUACACCAUCCUAUAUUACAUAUCUGCCGCUCUGUAACAGGAUAUCAUAUGUAAUAGAGGAGAUAUAUGAAUCCAAGUGUGGAAGCGUUGGUCCUCCUGCCCACCCCUUCCCGGGAAAACUCUUGGUUCUUCCUGCAUUGGUGACUCAUUUUGCCUUUGUGAUGCCUUUGCCACUUUGCCAGGAGGCAGUAGGAAGGAAUUCUGGCUUGGGAAGCUAUGGGUUGUUGUAUCCACCUAAGCCCUACUCAGAGUAAACCCAUCGAAAUCAAUGGACCUAAGUUAGCCCGGUUUGUUCAUUUCUGCGGGUCUGCGCUGUGUAGGACCUGGGAUGGCCAAAGAGAGGUGUGACAUCUUAAUGACGGGCACGGCAGUGUUCCCCACCUCAGCUUUGCAAAUUGCCUUACACACACAAGCACGCUGGUCUUUACGGCCAGCCCCUGAAGAGUUUACUGCCUAAAGCAAAGGUCGAGAUGCUGCCGCCUCCUGUUCCAUCAACUGUCCGCUAGCAUUCAGUCCGCUAGCAAAACCCUCUCAAUCUUGCUCUGCUGGCCUUCACCUCUCCAGCUGGGUCUUCACAUCUCAUGUUCCUUCGGCUGCCUUUGCUGCCCAGCAAUGUUUCUGAAUCCCAGUUGCUGGAAACCACGGGAUUGCGUUCAAAUCCUACUUGCUGGUUUCCCACAGACAUCUGGUUGGCCCCUGUGAGAACAGGAUGCUAUUGGCCGGAUCUAGCCGGCUCUUCCUUUCAACUCGAUCUGAUUUCAGCACUGGCGACGGGAUAGUGAAGCUGGUUUGGAGAUGAGGCCAUGUAGCGCUCUUCUAAGAGCUUGCUGCUGCUGCUCUCCACCCCGCCCACUACAUCAUUUGCUGACUAAGGCAGGUGGCUCCCUCUGCCUAAGGUUAGGGCUGGCCCUGUUGCUCCCCAUCCAUGCUAUGGGAUACCGUCCCCCUAAUAGUUGCUGGAAACCAGAGGGGGGAAGGAGAGUCCUCUUGUCCUUGGAUCCUUUCUGGUUUCCUACAGGCAUCUGGUGAGAAGAGGAUGCUAGACUAGAGGGGACCCCUCUGGCCUUAUCUAGCAGGCAUUUCUUACCUUCUUGUCUUAGGAAGGUCUUUGCAAGGGCAAAGAGGGAGUCCUGCACUUCAGAUUAGAUUCUGAUUUGGGCACAUUGGCCUUACCCUCAGAGAGGGGGGAAAGGGAAUUUGGCAGAGGUGUAUGAAACAAUGUAUUCUGUGGGGGGAAAUGGAUUGAGAGAAGGCUAUCCCUGAGCUCUCAUAAUACUAGAACCCAGGGCCAGCCAAUGAGGCAGAAUGUCGGGAGAUGCAAGAUGAAGUAAAAACUCUGGAAUUAGCUGCCGCAGGAGAUCACGCAGCCCGCCAUCUUGGACAGCUUUAGAAGGGGGUUAGACAAAAUAACAGAGGGUAAAGGCUAUCAACAGUAACUCGUCAGUGAUGGCCCCACAUUAGUCCAUUUUUUUUUUUAAUGUUGCUUUAAUCAGAAGCGAUAGUUACCGACACACACACACAAACACUAAACCGUCCUAAGAUUGCAAACUUGGGUUUUUUUGAGUUUAUUAAAAAAUGUGAGGUUUGUGCAGGAAUUUGAUAGGUGUGCACGGCAUGGUGUGGAAGGGAGGGGGUGAAGCUGAAUGUUGGAAUACAGUGGUACCUCGGGUUACAUACGCUUCAGGUUACAGACUCCGCUAAGCCAGAAAUAGUGCUUCAGGUUAAGAACGUUGCUUCAGGAUGAGAACAGAAAUUGUGCUCCGGCAGCGCAGUGGCAGCAGGAGGCCCCAUUAGCUAAAGUGGUGCUUCAGGUUAAGAACAGACCUCCAGAACGAAUUAAGUACUUAACCCGAGGUACCACUGUAUUUAGGACAGAUGACGUGACUUCUUUACAGACUGGGGAACUUGCUCCCACAGGAGGCAAGCCACUUGGAUGGCUGCCUUCUCCCAAAUUUACUGUUCCGAUCCACCUCUGCACACUCUUGGGUUCGCCUGGCUUGACCAGCAGCCCUCAAGUGUUGAGCCUUGCCUGGACAGUCCCCACAGUUCCUACCAUGCCCUCGAGCUGCUAGCCUCCUGUUGCCUUAAUAUGACCAGCAGAAAGGAGAACUGUGGGCAGCUCUGGCUUCUCCCCAAGUCAUUGAGGAGAGAAGCUACCUUCUCAUCCCCACUCCCUGCCAGCAUUACGACAUGGGUGCAGGAAUCUAUUUCAGACUGAGGGCCGCAUUCCUUCCAGGGAAACCUUCCAGGGGCCACGUGUCAGGUAGGGCCAGAGGCAAGAGGCUAGUUUCUGCAUACACCCUUCUCUAUCCCCCAUGGAGGAGGCAAGAGGCACGAUCAGUUCAGGGGCAUGUUCCCAGCCAGGGAAAGGCAUCCAGGGCAGUAUGUGAAUCAGGGCCAGUGAGUGGUGUGGCCUAGGAAGAGUCCAGAGGGCCAGACAGCCUGGAUAGCUCGUUGGUUAGAGCGUGGUGCUGAUAACUCCGAGGUUGCAGGUUCGAUCCCUGUAUGAGACAGCUGCUUAUUCCUGCAUUGCAGGUGGUUGAUGAUCUUCAGGGUCCCUUCCAACUCUGAAAUUCUCUGGUUCUAUGGUAAGAGAUGCAUGGUGAGCCAGAUUUGGCCUGAUGUUCCCCACACCAGCCUUAAAAGGUAAAGGUAAAGGGACCCCUGACCAUUAGGUCCAGUCGUGGCCGACUCUGGGGUUGUGGCGCUCAUCUCACUUUAUUAGUCAAGGGAGCCGGCGUACAGCUUCCGGGUCAUGUGGCCAGCAUGACUAAGCCGCUUCUGGCGAACCAGAGCAGCGCACGGAAACGCCGUUUACCUUCCCGCCGGAGUGGUACCUAUUUAUCUACUUGCACUUUGGCAUGCUUUCGAACUGCUAGGUUGGCAGGAGCAGGGACCGAGCAACAGGAGCUCACCCCGUCGCGGGGAUUCGAACCGCCGACCUUUCAAUAGGCAAGUCCUAGGCUCUGUGGUUUAACCCACAGCGCCACCCGCGUCCCUUAGGACAGUGCUUAACAGCACAGCGAUCCUCUCGCAUACAGGAUCUUAAGGUAUCUGAUGCACAGAAGGGAGAAUUGUGGCUGGUGCCCCUUCUCCUCACCUCACCCUCCAAAUACCACUUAGGCCCCUCCACCAUCCCAUACCCAAGUCCCCCAACUUAACUGCUCUUUCUGCAGAUCCAGCAGGAAUGGGAGGCGGACGGCGUGCCCUUCAGGGCUGGAUUCACCCAUACGCUUCAUCGUCUGCAGAGAGUAACGUCCCUGCUGUCUGGAGUUUGCCCAGGCACAGUGCGUGCCCAUCUCCCUCUAAACUCAUUUCACAUUCCUGGUCCUCAUAACUCAUGCCUGCCCUUUGUUGAAAGACAAGGAAGAGGGAGCAGCGGCUGGCGUUUUGGUUUUAAAAAAAAUUAUUAUUUCCCUCUUUGCAAAGGCAGGUUUCUGCUGCAGUGAUAAAAUCAGCAGGGAACGGAUCCACCUUUUUGCAUUGAAAACCUGCCAAAGUUAUCUCUCACCUCUGGGAGAGAAGGAAGCGGGGGCUUGGUUUCAUUAGGCAGCACAUCCUUCCCCAACCUGCGCCCUCCAGAAGUUGUGUACUACAGUUCUCAUCAACCCCAACCCAACAUGGCCAUAAGAUGCUGGGGGCUGAUGGGGGUUGUACUUCAAGAGGGCUUUGCUAAGUGGGGCUGAUGGGAAUUGAAGUCCAAACUCCUGAAUGACUCCAGGUUGGCCAAAGCUGAUGUAGUAAGUUUGAUUGUCCAGCUAUCAGUGUUGGGACUCAGCUACAUUAGUCAAGAAACAGCGUUUUGAAUGCGUUAUAAACAUGCGGCACCAGAUGGCGCCAGAGAGCAAAAAAAAUUUCUAAGCCAUUUUCCAUAGCGUUUUUCUUUUCUUCUGAUAUAACAAUUUCUUACUUUUUAUAGCUUUUUUCCCCUGUGUGUAGAUCUACCCUUGGUAAAAAGGCAUAUAUUUGUGAAAAUGGGGUACAAGAAUGCUUUAAACUGGGGAACGUGGCUUGCAAAGAAUGUGUGCAUUAGGAGAAACAUGCACUAAAAUUCAGAUGGAAUUCCAUGAGGGAUUUUUUUUCAAACUGAUGAGGGAGUUGGGUAUGUUUAGGCAGGAGAAGAGAAGACUGAGAGGUGAAAUGAGAGCCAUUUUCAAAUAUCUGAAGGGCUGUCACAUAGAAGAUGGAGGAAGCGGUUUUCCCCCUGCUCCAGACUGUAGGGUCUGAACCAGUCGACUCAAGUUACCAGAUUCUGACUGAAUGUUAGUAAGGACUUUCUGAUGAUAAGAGCCAUCUGACCAUAGAAUGUACUCCCUCUGAAGAUGGUGGACUCUCCUUCCUUGGGGGGGCGGGGUUAAACAGAGGCUGAAUGGCCAUCUGUCAAGGAUUCCUUAGAAGUGAUUCCUGCAUUGCUGGGGGGUUGGAGUAGAUUGCCAUCAGGCAUCCCUUUCAACCCUAUGAUUCUAUAAUGCAGAUUGUGGAGGCUAGACUUAACAACUGGAAAAAUGAGAAACCAAGAAAAAAACCAAAAUGGACAGAUUUGUCAAUCCCUGAAAGGGAGAGUCCCAGAAUUUACUCCCCAUUUUGCCAGUCUGGGGCAAGAAAGCAUAGGGGCAAGUCUGGGGCAAAAAACCAUUUCAUCCUCUGUUCAUUAGAGGCAGGGCUGUUUCCGUUCUGCUGCAGUUCAUUUUCUUCUCAAAGAUACAUUAUUCAUCUCACUGUCGUCUGCAGCAAAAAUCAUGUAACUUGAGACAAUUUAAGCAAUCAGUUGCAUUAAUUACAUUGUUAUUACAUUGUUCUACCACAUUCAUUUGAAUGCAAGGGGAACUUAAUGCAUUUUUUUGUGGGGUGGGGGUAUAAUCAGUUAUGUAUCAUUUACAAACUGAAGGCAACAACAGCCAGUUGACUGAUUUCCGUUCUGGAUACAGGACCCAAAAGCAAACAUAAUCAAAUUCCUUCUUCAUUUCCGUCGGAAUUUUCCAACAUCCCUAGUUGCAACUCAAACGUUUGGGCUGCAUCUUUUAAAACACACACACACACACACACACACACACACACACACAAAAACUCAGUGCAGUUUUCUCUGCUGUUCUUUUGCUGCUCCUGCUGGGCUGUGCACCUGGAGUGAUUAUUUCACUCCACGUCAAAAUUGCCGCCUCCGGCGCUGUGACAACCCCCCACCUUGACCCAGCUGGUCUCAGUUGGUGUAUGAGAAUCAGUAUGGCUUGAUGAUUAUAUUAUUGUUAUUGCUGUUAUUAUUGAAGUCUCAAGGUGACUCCCAAAUGGAGAAAAGGUACAAUGUAUGUUAAAACAAGAUGAGCACUAAAAAGUGGUCCUCCGUCAAUUCCCAAGCAUCGACCCCGCACAACAUCAAAACGAUCAUACAAAAACAUCUGGCUGAAAUAAUCCCAGGGCAGCGAGGAUAAAAAGUAACCAUCAGAUGUCCAGGAGAACAGGGAAAGUCUUUGCCUAGUGCCAGGAGUACCUUAGAGUCAGCACCAGGGGAGUCUCCCUGGGGAGAACAUCCCAUAAAUCAAUUCCACUCACCCACACCCUCCAGGCAAGCAAGAGGCAUGAUCAGAAUUCCUGGGGAAACAUUGCAGGCAAAAGCAUUCAAGUAGGGGUCAGAGCAGGGCUCAUGGGAGGUGUGGCCUGGAGGCAAGGGGUGUGGCCUUGGAAGGAGGGGUGGCUAGGGAGACCUCAGAUGAUGGUGCCAAGUUGGUUCCUACAGGAAGAGUUGUUGCAUGAGGUAUUGGGGUCUUGAGCAUAUAUGAACCAGAGUUUAUUUAGCAUUAUGUUCUUUCUCCUCAACCCUCCUUUUCUUGGCUAAUAGCAAGAGCUUGAGCCUGGCUUGCAAGAGUGUUUCUGAGGAUGUGCCAAGUGCCUUUCUCCUCCCAUUGUGCCACCACAACUUCCCUAGACAAAACCACACAUGCCCAUGGCUAGAUUGGACGGGCAUCCAGGCCACGUCCCUAUUAGGAGUACAUCUCCUUGGAACUGGCAUCUGUGUGAUGCUCCUUAAGCCAGGUGAAAAGGGGAAGAAACUCCUCUGUACUGUUCCUCUCUUCUCCCUGCUUCCUUAACGGUUAGGAUCCAGUUUGUUGCCGGAAGCAGUGACAGUGUUGUCUUCUAAACCAGCAGAGACCAGAAGGCACCCGUGCAAAGGCUCCUAUGCCAGCCUGAAAGACUUCUUCUGCUACUUAUCAAGCAGCCCAAAAAUGUGCGCCAGCCUCACCACUGAACCUGUCAAUGGAAGAGUGAGGAAGCUCACUGAGUGACACAGAACUCCUCAUUACAAGCCCAGUUUGUGCAGGCUUAUUCUCUGUCCUCCCUUCAUCCAAACAAGCAUCACCAGAAUCCCAGUUCUUUCCAUAGAUCACGUAGCUCAGUUAGUUACAGCAUGGUGCUGAUGAUGCCAACGUCACAGGUUCGAUCCCCGUCCAGGACAGCUGCAGGGGACUAGAUGAUUUUUGGGGGUCCCUUCUAUGAUUCUGUGAGUUCAAGGAUGCUUUGCAGCCUGGCAAAACCACUUGCCCAGGGGUGGGGGGAGCAGGGCUGGUGAGGGGUGUGGCCUGUGGAGAAGAGUUGUGACCAGUGGAGGAGGGGUGUGGCCUGUGUAGGUAUGGCUAAAAGGGGCGUGGCCUGUGGAGAGGGGUGUGGCUGGGAAAGUGGGUGUGGCCUGUGGAUACAGUAGUCCCAAGGGCCCGAAAGAAAGGUCUGUCUGGAGGUUCUCAUCUGGUCCCUACGUCUGAAAUUUGCCACUGUGUCCUAUGGCUUGAAUGCACAUAUGACCUGAAGCACAGUAAUAGCAGGGGCACGGGGGAUCUGUGGCCCUGUCCACAACUCACAACAUCCACCAGUCCCAGCCAGCAUGGUUGAUGCUCAAGGAUGAUGGGAGUUGUAGUACUGACCGCAUCUGGAGGGCCACUGGUUCCCCACCACUGGGUUAUUGGGUAGAGGAGAGUCAAGUCUCAACAGCCUCACAUGGGACAGGUGAGAGAGGUUGCAUUUCCGAGCAUGUCUAACUCUGGGUGGGGCUGCUGGAUGGUGGGGAGGAAAGUUGCCAUGUCAAUGGCAGGGUCAGUUGAGGUUCCUGUCUGGAGAUCCCAAAGGGCUUUGUAAUUUCCUUGGUGUCUUUCUCUGUUCAUGCUCAGCAUGUGUUGAUGUCUUUACAAAUUUAUGCAGUAAAUGUGGAAUCCAAA